AUGUGGAUAUCUACCCUGCUCCUACUUUGGUUGCCAUAUUCUCACAGUGAGUAUUAUCCAUAUAUCUAGCUUUCAUAUCCCUUUCGCAGACUGAUGUUCAAUGAGUUGAUGUUUUUUAUUACCCUGCCUCCUCCUAUUCAUCAGUCUCUUCACUUCGCUGGUCUCUCACUACUGUAGAUUGCGACUGAUACUUUGCAAGUAACCUCGGUGAGGACCGCUUUUAUAUUCCCCCGGCCUCAGGACAUGGGGAUAGAGCCCCCCCCCCCUAACUCAGGAUUGGAGUUGACAUUACAGUUACACUUAAGGUUUGGGUUAGGAUUAGUGUUAGAGUUAGGAUGCACGAAUAGUUAUUGUCCCUGGAAUUUGGCACAAGGUCACCCGUAUUAUGGGGAGGGGGGGGGCGAUUAUCAUCGGAACUUCUACUGGGUUGUCUUCUCUCAGUUGACUUUUUUGUUUUGGGUCGGAUCUCAUUUCGUAGCCGUACCUGCAGUAGACAAGCCCCAGCCUAACCCCUACAGGUGCGGCCACGAAAUAGGAUCUUGCCAUCCUGUCUUGCCGUAUAGAUUAAGGCCCAAACUACCUCAGCCAUGGCGUCCAGUCUCAUCGCCAGUAGGUCUACAAACUUGAAGCGCCGGUGGUACAUGCUCCUAUUUGUACUUGCAAGGCCGUUCAUCAUAACUAAUUCAACCUGAAUAAAAAGAAGCAAUUUCGGUGGUAUGUCAUCAUGCAGUAUAGUCGGCCACAAGGAAUCCCCAUAGACAGCUUUAAUCCACAAAACGGACAGGGGUUAGCUUUUGGUGCCAGUCGCAACGUUUGGAGUCCGAUGAAAGGUGAAGCAGUAAGAAAUCUCCUCCACGGCCGACAACCAUGCUGAUUCUUUGCUUACACACUGAGGUACAGGCGGUGACCGAGCGGAGCUACUGGAAAAACUUGUUCGGCAGUACCAAAAAGGCGGGACUUCUUACACUGGGAUCUGCGUCUUUAUUGGGGAUCAUCACAGUGAAAGCAUUGUUCCAGUCUGUGAAAACGGUCUGUCCUGAGGGAGCUUCAGAGGACCUUGUCGCUGGCAUGUGGGCACAAAUUAACAUUGCAGCCCUCGUCGGGUGCUUUUUGCUCAAUUUUCCUAUCGCCUUGAUCUUGCCAGCUGUGAGGCUGCAGUCGCAACCGUACUAAAGUUGUGGAGCGUCCUCGUACCCUGCAGCAACCGAGGACACCGAGUUUGCCAGACUCAGAAGUUUGGCAAAAUACUCCGAAUAAACUUUUAUUUUUGUUAACCUUGCCCCUCCUGCCAUAGUUAAUCGUGCAUCAUGACCCUCAACAUACCAUUUUGGGGCUAUAAUCGCGCAUAUUUAUAGUGCAGAAGCAUCGACUAUUCCCGCCUUAGAGCAUUCCAUUCAUUUAAAAAAUUUACGCCAACUGCCUACCAUCUGAAGCCAACCAGCUUGAACACGAUCGAAAAUAUGUGGAUUUCUAAGUCAGUACAUUGUGCGUAAAAGUCAAUAUUACAUUUCCAGAGGAUUUAUGACAAGGGAAAAAGAGACAGACUGAGUAUGGGGACAAAUGACUUAUUGUCAUUUCCCUUCGAAUUUGUGUAGGAGACCGCUAUUCGAGAAGAGAGCACCCAGAAAGCAUGAAGUAGAAAUAGAACAAACUGAAUGAUCAACGGCCAGUGCUGCACAGUGGAGAUGGCAGCGCGAAGGAGGGUAUUCAGGGUGUCGUGGGCAGAGACCAACGUUAAAGCUAUAAUGUCACACAAGAUUCCCGGGUACGUUUGAAUGAAAAUUGCGCAGCCUUACACUGGCGAGAACACCUUACCACAUAUACACUUCAAGCAGCUAUCAUGCACGAGGAUAGGUCGGAUCUCAUUUCGUAGCCGUACCUGCAGUAGACAAGCCCCAGCCUGACCCCUAACCUCUGACCCCUAGCCCCUAACCCCUAACAAGUACGGCUACAAAAUGAGAUCUUGCCUUGUUUAGUUACACGGCCACCGCCUCCACUGACUUCGAUCGUAGUCGUCAGUAGUUGUCAGUAAGAAUACCUACCCUUGUUGGGAGUUAGCUUCAGCGUUUGGCAAAGAAACCUAGUCAUUGGGCGAUAAUACGAAUUUGGGUUCUCUGGACCGCCGCCCUGCGUCACAACUCGUUUGUGGACGGCAUCUUUCCCCCUGGUACAAUCGGUAACAUUAUCAUGAUUCACCACCCUUGCGGCUAUCACUAAGAGUUGGGCUUAGAAAGACGGAGACAGUCACUCGCACACCUUGACGGUUUGGAAGAUUUAACAAAAAAAGAAGCCUGUCCCGAUGCAACCGAAAAUGCCGUGCGGGUGUCAGUCGACUCCGAUGAUCGGUUGAGUUUACUGACUGCAUUUUGCAAGCCGAAAACCCUUAGGAUUUGUGAAUACGAAAAGUUACGAGACCUCCACCAUCCCAAUUAUAACCGACUGUCUGUAAUAGCUAGGGUUUUCACCUUACAAAAUUUUACCGUUUAGAAAGUGCUGAGAAAAUACAAACGGGAUGGGAGCCUCCCGAGCUCCUGCACAUAUACUGCUACUGCAGAGGCACCUAGCCGACAUAAGUAGACAUGGCUCCGUGCGAUGGAUAACACUCAGCCCCAAUGUGGGCAAAGUGAACGAAGGUAAAACUGCUGAAGGCCAUAGACAGGGAUUGACUAUCGGCGAACUUCGACUUUGGGGUCCCAAUUAGCGUCUAUACGCAGAUGAGGGGCACUUAACUCAUGCCCGUGUUCGGCAGGUGCAAGCCAGGCAUGCUGUCACAGAUCGGUGUCUGUUGAACGUUGGCCUUAUAGCUCAAAUGACAUGAUGACCCUUGGUUUACACUGCGCCGAUGCUUACUGGCAUCAAAUGGGUUGGGGUGGUCUCCGGUGCGCAACGGAAAAUUCCUUGUGACUGCGGAGUACUCGCUUGUUACCAGAAACUUGAGACUGAUUUCUUUUGGUCCCAACCCGGUAUCCUGCAUUUGUUUAUGAAUUGACGAGGAAACUUCACACUACGGCCUACCUCUUGUCCAUCGAUAUUAUAGAUUUCAAGAACUUCACUAGGUACGCAGCAUUCAUCAGACGCACCAGGCUUUGCAGGCAGCUUUUUGUUGGCCCCUUCUCUGUUCCCCGCACUAGAGUUUUAGUUUAGGAAGUCUUUAACUUUCUACAAAUCAUGCCAAGUAUGUGAAUGUGCUCUGGGGAUUAUCUGUUAUCUUAUCGUGUGAGGACUUCGUGGCAGAUCUUGCCUGCAGAAGGUCCGACAUGUCGAAAUUUGGUGGCCACAAAUGCGUGGGAAGCAACACGUGUGUGACACGCGUAGGCCUUAACUCAGCCGGGCUAGUCCCUGCACACAUGCCCAUCUCCAGUCGUGUUGGCCUUGUACUUUCCUUGGCACAUUUUGGACUUGGGGUGGGGGAGAGUUGGGUAGACGCUGCAGUUGUCCCCCUCACCAUAAACCAAUCCACGCUUUAGUCGCAAUUGCGCUCCUCCGUUUAAUGAUGGCAGACGUGCUAUUGCGUCCAGUGAACACCACCUUCUAUAAAGAAGGGAAGUGAAGUUUUGGAACUCAACUGUGACCAGGUGUGCGCUCACGUUGGUGCUGGCGUCGCUGUCGCUCAACGCAGACCCCAGUUAGGAGGUGGGCGAUGGUUUGAUUACAGCGACGGAGAACAGAAGCCGGACACGUGGUACCUUCGAAGCGGUGAAAGUGCACUUACAUGAUCCCAGACAGCGACUCAUUUUCUACCCGUAAGAUAUGUGGUUGCAUUGGGUAGAACAAAUCUGCUCCCUUAGUGCAUUACUACAACUCGUAUUUCAGCUCUCCUCCAGCCAAGGUAGGGGGAUGAGGAGGAGGAGGAGGAGAACGGCGAGUUGUGGCUCGAAAUGAUCAACAGUUAGCCACCAGCAUGUCACCCGCCCGAGUGAAAUGUGUCGCCGCCUUUAAAAGCCCUGGGUGGGCACCUGAGGUUCACUUCCGCUUCGUCUGACAUUCCUGAGACGCACACCACCGCUGACGCCGGCAACGCCCUUUGGCGAUCUGCUUUGCCUGAUCCUCCUCCCUGACGGUGGUCACAAAGGAAAGGCAGCACUUACUCUUUUCCCCUUCCCAUAGACACGCAAGCUUGACCCUGCAUGCCACACAAACAACUUUUGGGACAUUUGUUCUAAUACCAGACGGUCUGAUGGUGAGGUAACUUUCCCCAGGCACUCAUGAUCUACGCCGUGCUAGGAGUACCACGACGAACCGAAGAUAGACGUGGAGAGAGCGCACAAACAGAAGUGAGGGGUCGAAGUCCUUUCGGGGUUGAACGCAUAUACUGUUACUUUUCGAACUUCUGGACAGGGUGGCGGUGAAAUAGACGUGACAUUUGCGCGAGGAAAAGAACUGCUCACUCCUUCACUAAGUAUUGAGUCAGAUAACGUUCCCGUUAUGGUUCUGCUGGAAAUUAAUGCUUGAAACACCAUUACUGAGUCCUCACUGACUGUCACAUUACAACGAGCAAUUGGUAAUUUUAAAAAAUGCUAUUAAUUCGGUUUAUGACCUCACGAGCCGCAGGCAGGUCUUCAAACUGGGUUCAGAGAUGUUUUAGGAUUUCUUGAAUUUUCCUAAUGAAUGAUCGCGGUUGUGAAAAUCUGUGGCAAUCAUACACGGAUGAAAAGUCUUCUGCCUGUCUUGAUUAAACCACCAACUUUUGUAUCCUGUACCACAGUAAGAAAGGCUCACCCAAAGGUAGACCGUGCUUCCAGGCUUAUACAAUCCUAUCAUGCGCAAGGGCUUCUGAGUGGGGUCAGGAAAGAUUUAUGGCCCACCACGUUUGCAUUCGCUUACUGUCUGACCGAGUCUAACACUGCGGCGGAGUCUUUAACUGAGCAUCUUAAAGCAGGGCAGUUCGAUCCAAAUAUACUAUCCUCAUAGCAUUUGCAUAAAGAUGAAUGCCAGUUAAACUGCGAGGGCAGGAGGAGCCAGACUUUAAUCGCAACUUCUGUGGUCGCAUACUCAGACAACAGUCUCCGUGCGUUGAUGACUGGGAUCAAAGCAUUCCCAAAAGUAACCUGGAGAUCGCGUAUAAUAGGCCUUACGUAGCAUGUGGAAGAGCUAGUUAACAAUAUUGAAACUUCGAACGUCUUCUGGUUUUGUCAUGGGGAGGGGUACGUUCUAAAACUGCAACUGGGCACGUAGGCCCUCAGUCAAACUUCUGAUCAGCUUGCCUCAUAGUCAUUGUAUCCUUGAUCGGUUGUAAGGAUUGUGUGUGUGUCUGUUGUGCCAUGAUUCAGCAGACAAUGGCUCUUGCAGUCUGGUGUGCGCUGGCAGCUCUCUGGCUCCUGGUUCCCUGCCGGUGGAUGCGCCUGCGCUCCCGCUGGGUAUACAGGUCGCGUGCACGCUUGCCCCGUGACUUGUGUUAUCCUUCUCUUUCUGACCGAUUUUUGUCAUUGGUUAAAAUCCUGGUCAAGUGUUUGUUGUGAACCAAGGGGUGUGGUGGUACUUCUAGAUGCGGGCCCGGCCGUGUCUGCCACCUGCGUCCUCUCCCGUCUCCGGUCUUCUUGACUGUGUCCUGACACCGGGUCCAGGCGCGGGGGAGGCGGGAGUGCAGUAGACGCCACGCAAGUCUGCUCUCACUAUCAAUUAUUUCGCGCACAAGUCACCGUGUGUGCUCCUAGCUUGCUGUGAAGCACGUGGUGGACAACGUCGGCAACGACGGUCGAAUUGGCAUAUCCAUGACCAGUUUGGGAUGGGUAACCGAAUUUGUAGAAAGAUUAGUCUCACGCUUAUGCUCACAAUUUUACAGAUUCGGUAUAUUCCAGAAGGAAGGGCAUGAUCAACCUAGUGCUUUCCCCCAUAGAGACAAGACCUCGGAAUCAGACUGAAGGCUUACAGUUAAGGACGGAUCUUUAUCCGUUAUUCUCAAUGAUGGUCUUCAUCGCUACAGACUGGCAGAGAAAAUUUGCUCGUGAAUUAGAUCUGAGCGGUGAUGCAUUGUGCAACGUUGUUUACCCCUGCAUCUCACUGAAAUGUGUUCUGUUGCGAUAGUGGGCGAAGAUGAAUAGAGAUGGAAUGCAACACAAUCACCGACCGGCCAUCUUUGUCUGUGACCGGUUCCGUCUUCUGGCUGAACCAGACAUCAUUUAUUUGGACGCUUAUAAUUUCAAGAAAAUGUUGCCACUAAGGUGGUGUAGGCACCUCUACUGCAGUUUCAUGUAACAUAAAGGUCGAAAAGGCUUCCUGGAUGUUGCGCGGUUGUAUAGAACUCCAGAUGCGAGCCGAACCUCGCGAGAAGCGAGUGAGGAAUAUUCAACUGCGCGCAGGCAGGAGCUUGUAUCUGCUCUCGUUCUAUCUAAGACUUUGUUGUUACUCAUCUCGAGGUCAAUCGCUUUCAGCAACUUCAAUCAGAACGCGCGGAUCUAACCUCCCGAUGGUCCUAAAACUGUUAUGGCCCGUAGGACAGUAACGGUGUCGGGCGUCUUUUUGGAAGGACGGUUUUUUGCAGGGCUUGCAUUCGAGGGUUGAGGUCCCCCUCCAUCCCAUAGGUAUACCUCUGUGAGUCUUCAGGAUUGUGUUUGAGGGUGGUGACUGAGGUCUUAUCGGCCGGUGGAUAACAUUCCCCAUAUAAUACUGUUAUGACUUGUGACCCUUUUUGUGUAACCAAUCUGCCAGAUCAGUGUUCUGCUAAUGUGCUUAUUCCGCAACUGUUUAUUUGCUAGACACCAGGACUGUUUUGCAACCGACUUCCCUAGUGGAUCAUCCCGCUUACUCAACAUCAGGGGACGCGCCGGAUAGACCGUAGCCAGGCUAACGCUCGGGCGCCUGUCUUCCCAUCGUCCCCGAUCAGAGGGUCAACCCUUAAAAGCGUCGAUUGUUCAUGUUUUCCACUGAGCACGAAUUCCUACCCCCAAUUAUUUAUAUCCGUACAAUCUUAAUGCGUACUCCGUCUUUCACAGUCAUCUGCUAGCUCUCCACAUCAGGGUCAUUCGCUCCCACCUAAAAUAAUGACUCUGUAAGAGGCCUCGCGGUGACCUUAACAAAUCGACUAAAUAUAGUCCGUACAAGCGAAUCCAGUCGUAAACAUGUACCACCGUACCGUUUGCGUUCUACCUCCGUGGUCUCGACUGUGCGCGCUGGGGAUGCAGGCAUGUGAGACCUACGAUCUUACGCGCCGUAUGUAUACGCACACCUACGUGCGUGCCUCCUCGCGAGCGCCCGACCGCCCGCCCGCCCGUCCUCCAUACAGCGCACGUCGCUUGCAUUAUUAAACCGCGUGCGGCCGCAUCAGAGUCCUGAGUCUCCAUGCCUGCUCACUCUGAAGUUCCACAAGCCGCCGCCGCCGAGGCGAGCUGGGAGGCGGCUGGUGGGCGUUUUAUUUUUGUCGGUCGGGUUUGAAGCAGCGGCCUGGAUGACAGGAAGGCAGUGGCGGCAGUUCUUUUGCCCAACUGCCACAGCGACUUUCCUUUGCGCAGCAACUAUAAGGCCGACGGCACGCAAGCCGCCCAGCUCUGAUGUUGGGGCAGCGACACUGGGUUGUUCAUACUUCAGGUAUACGCUUCCCUUUUUCAUCGAGAGGCGGCUGCAAUGGAGGAGAAGAAGAAGAUGAUGAUGAUGGUGAUGAAGAUGACGAUGAGGGGAGAUGGUGUUGCCGGGAAGCGAGCGCAGAACCCAGAGACUAAACGUAUUCCGAUUGGUAGGCUCAGGGUCGCAAAUAAAACAUUUCGGCGAGUGCCGCCAGAGUUUUUGUAGGAAAGCAAUGCGACCGAAGAAGUAAGACAAUGGUUUCCCACCGAUGUGCUCCUGAAGAAGACUGUGCGAGUAGCUCGGCGUCGUCCGGAAUGACGACAGGACGUUGUAGCAUUGAAUGCACUGCAUGGUAAAAUCAAAAGGCUGUUAGGGAUGCACUAACACGUUACCGGAGAUCGUAAAAGGUUUGGAGCCAGCGGCAUUUCUGAAAAACGAUGUACCAUUGCCGAAAACGUGCCGUGUUUGAUGCUCCGUCGCCUUAUUCACAGGAAGCUCUUUGUUUUAUUAUGGAUUCUGACUUCCUAAAAGACAACACUUAAGUCUCUUGAAAAGAAGGGUGCGGAUAAGCUGUAGGAACAGGGAAAUCUUACUUUUAAAAAUGAAACCAGGGGGAAGCAGAUAUGUAAAAACCAGAGGCGCCUUACUUGCGGCUGUCUAUGAACAACAUACGACCAGAAAUGCAGUGCCGAAAGCUUGAUUUUGGUGAGAACUGGUGAUUUGUCUGACCAAUCAUGGCCCCCGGCGUCCUUACAGAAGGGGGAUUCUACCUUCGUCCUUAUAUAACAGCCCCACAGACUGCUACCACAACUUGGGAAGAACUGCUUCCGGCCUCUUUUAGAAGGCCUUGUUUUGAACACCUUGAGAGACUCCCAGUGAGGUUUUCACGAGGUUUACAUACCCAGCCGUGAGCGGUUCAACUUCUCGAAGAUAUUGCGUGGCAGCUUUCGGAUCACAUAAGACUGGUCGAUUAGCGUCGCGGUUUCCCAAAUGUCAUGCCACAACCCAGGUACUGGGUCACGAGGCCGGCCAGCUAUUGGGAUAAAAUUCCCCAUCUACCCUGGUAGCAGCCCAUACACACUUCUUUGGGAAGUUAGUCUAGUGAAAAUCGUCACUGUCAAAUACGAACCAGAGUAAACAAUGACUGAUUUAGUCUACAGACAAGUGUCUCAGGUGAACUUGUAAGGUUAGUUUGACAGUAUUAGUAAGGAAAUUGGGUCUCCGUGCAUUGGUGGCCAGUUUCCAUUCCUCAGUUCCUGCACUGCUCGGGUAGAAUCCUGCUUAAUGAAGGCACGAUCUCAUUUCUGAUCCUGAGUUUUAAUAUGGCCAGCAAGGAAGAGGCGGCGAAUUAUCAGUUCCCUACCUAUAUCGUUAACACGGAUGAGGGCGAGGUUUGGUCCUGAAGCCCACUCAAGUAAUACCAUAUAGUUAGCUUUCUAAAGAAAGUUUGGUAGAUGGGAAUAGGCUGACUUUACAAAUAACACGUAUUUGUAUCUUCCUUACCACUUUAAUUCAUCGAGUGACUGUGCCACGGGGAGGAGUGAUUAUACGCCAGCCUCGGUUACUGCAGGUAUCAGUUCAUACGCGCCUCCCUGCGCGUGCUUGGAGCCCUGUUUGCGCUCUUUAUUAUCCUAAUCCAGCGAGUGGCCAAGAAGACUUGCUAAUGAAAUUCUUCCGGCGGUUUGGAAAUCCGUCAAUUCCACUACAGUGGCCAAACACUGCAAAUUACCACACAGAUCCAGCUGCGAUUACGCCCACCUUAUCCACUACAUCCAGCGAGUGGCUGUGUCCUGGGGGGAGGAAUGUGUGCACGCCAUCUCCAUUCUCUUCGAGCUCUGCUUGCGCUCCCUUUCCCUUCCAAAUCCAGCGAGUGGCUAAGUUGGAUAUAUUAACUGAAAUUGUUUUAGUACGCUAACUUUAUGGUGCAAAUCAAGCGGGACCGCAGAACCAUGCCUCGCCCGGGCUGAGUAGAAGCAGUUUUUCAGCCAGUGAUCUCCCUGGAACCCCGCUGUGCACCCGUAACUUCGGAGACAUUACCUCUCGGACACGCAUACGAACUGUUCCAUGAACUAUGAGCACCAUAUCCUAAUUUAUGAUGCAGUCAACUGACGGCCACGCAUCAUCUCCACAAAUAUCCGACUACACACCAUCGAAGACUCCGUCGAGAUAUAGGAAGACUGCCUUUCCCUGGCAGGCUUCAGAAAUUCGGCUUCUAGGCGCUUCCACUGUAUGCAUGAAAUUUGCGAAAUCCGUUUUGGUCAACGAGGCCUCCUAGUUCGGGAAAAAUCACAGUGAAUAGUGCAGAAUGAUGUUUGCAACUCUUCCAAAGGACCUCUGAGAUUCGCCGUACUGCAGUUACCAAAAAUCUCCCUAGGGUUGUCUUGGGUAGAAGAAUGAUAAUUACCAGGACCACAGGGCGAUCUGAGACUGGCGCUGGAUAGACUACACAACGAACCGGCUACCCGUGGAGCGAGGGGCCUGUGGAGGAGUUGAAUUAAGGAGUCAAAAGUUGUGGUUUUAUUCAAAUCUGGGCGGGCAAGCCUGUUCAACACCUAGGUCUGCGCAAUGAUCUGGCUGUUCAUUUCUGAAACAGCUCAUGGAAUAGUUUUGGGGAGACUGUUCGACCAACUGCCUUUAGUGCUGAAAUGACUUUUCGAGCGAAUAUAUUAGCGGUCCGGGUAUUAUUUUCCAUGCAUAUUUCAUCACACCUAUUAAAAACCCCAUUUUCAUUCGGCAUGCGUGGAAAAUCAUGAAAUAUUUGCUGAAAUGUCUCAGUAAGCGUUUGAAUGGAAACGAUUGCUUGGGUGAUCCUGCAAAAUAGAUUAUCAGAGGGCAUAAUAUCGAGCCACCACACAUACACAGUGGAAUACGAACUUUUUAGCGAGUAUCUUUUCAGCCGCUACUUUAUACUCGCGCGUACUUUUGCACAGGUCCUCCAUGCUUUUAUACAUUAAAUAAUGUCCUAUGGAGAAGAUACAAAAAUUUUCCAAUGUAUCUUCUUUAGAGAGGAUUAUGACUCCCUGAAAUUCCGUAUUCGGUCUGUAGUUGCGAGAAGUUUUAGGGAAAUUGAAGGAUUACUCGUACAGCCUACUAUUUCCGGGUUUAAUUAUUCAAUUAGGUAAUUGCCAUACUGACAGCCGAGCCUUAAGAGGUCUGUUUCGAAGGAUUUACUGCAAGCUCGCGAUAAAUUUUCCCCGGAGUUAAACCUGGCAUGUUUAUUAUUAUUUACGAAAUAGACUGAAACUUCUACCUAUUGUAAUGUUAACCUGGCGUCAGCGCGUAACUCAGUAGACCUAUUUUGAGUAUUUUUAAUUUGCUUUGGGGGAAACACAUGACAUUUAUUUCAGAAACCUUAAUAUCAACUUAAAGGCAGCCGCGUUUCCUAAUACACAGUCAACAGAAAACUCUUCAAAGCCGAAAUAGUUCCUCCUAUUAAGUAAAGUGGAAAAAUGCGUAAAUUCCAGCAAACGAGUGCAAUAAAUAACUUUUUCUUUUACUUUGCCUAUAUUCAUGCAGGCAUCGAAAAUCGAUGGCAGAAGAGUCCGUUAAUUAAGUGAAUUUUUUUCGGAGUGUAGUUUAUGAGAACAACUCAAAAGACACCCAAUCGUUAGCCAAGCAAACUCUGGUCAGUAGCAACGCCUUGGUAAGCAAAUUUUAAUUGACUACGCCCCCUCUUCAUGAAGACCAGCUCAGGUUAUGGACCGAGUGUAGUGUAGUCGGGAAGCCGUGUUUCCCAGAACUUUAACGCAUACAUGCUGUCACAGGCUAAUUUGCUGGGCCGUUCAGAAGACCUGAGGUUAGACAUCCUGAAGGUAAAGGACGCAUGUUUGCCUUUACCUAGCAGAGGAUUUACUAUCCUUGGAAAGAUGCUUACAGAUUGUGUUACCGGAUGUGCUCGUCCUGUUGUGCCUUUGGGUUAAAUCACCGGCCCCACGUCGAGGCGAACUGUGUAUGGAUGGUUGAAGACGGCCAAUAAGUCAGAAGUGGCCAUCCCAGCCUCCCUUGUUUUUGUCCGUACCCCUUUUCUGGACAUGUUGCUGGAAGCUUUACCGUCCAGUUUUAACUUCCCAGUUGAUCCAUUAAAACACUCGGUCGAGAUAGACUACUCUGGAAUCGAGGCUAUCCGCUUAUAGGUUAUGAAUUGUUACGAAGACGAAGACGAGUGGAAUGGUCAUUAAUGACUUAUUUUCGGCUAUCAGCCGGACAGAAAAACAGGGCCGACCCAAGGUUUAAACUCGGCCUCAGCUUCAAUGAUGAAGAAUACUAGACGUCCGUGCUCUAAAAGGACUCCAAAGCAAAAGAGAGGGCCUUAUUCCCUCCUACAACCAGGAUAAACUAGUGAAUGUCGUUAAUGUGCGACUUGAGAGCUGGACUUGAUCGAGCAGUAUGAUAUCGAGCGAUUUAUAGCCUCCGUCGCCCAGUCAGUCAAUGACUCACUGACGUCUCCGCAGAUAUGGCGUCCUGGCUAUGAUUCAAUGGCGCAUGUGUGUGUGUGUGGGUGCCACGGGUCUUCAGUCUCUGGAGAUUUCGGACCCUAAUAAUCUAGGGGUAUUGGGGAAACAGUUACGUAUACUUCAUAUUGACCAAACCGUGAAAAACUCGGCGCCUCGGUAGGAUUCGAACCCACGCAGUAAGGAGAAGGCUUUAGUACAGCCAACGCUCUAACCACUUGAGCUACGAGGCCCGCCGGACGACUCGAGUUUAAUCACAUUUGGGCCAUCUCGUAGUCAUCUGGUGGAUUCUAGGUGAAUUACUUAGGAAAUCCUGCUUGGGCAGUCAACUUACUGUAUCAGAUUUGGUGGAUUCCAGACGUUGCAGAAGGUUGGGCGGGUAACUUAACCCAACUGUGAUUAAACUCGCGUUGUCCGGCGGGGCCUCGUAGCUCAAGUGGUUAGAGCGUUGGCUGUACUAAAGCUUUCUCCUUACUGCGUGGGUUUGAAUCCCACUGAGGCGCCGAGUUUUUCACAGUUGGGUCCAUAUGAAUUAUUCAAAAUUUGCCAAAAUACAUGUGAGUUACGUAUACUUUAAAACCCAGACUUUCUAGAUAAUGAGAGAAGAUGCAUGGGGAGUAGAGUCGAAUUAGAUCGACUUGGAAACUAACGUAUGAUACACAAAUUUUCCCAGAACAAUUUUAUUGGCUUUCUUUUCUGGAGGCUUGAAUGUAGUGAAGAUGUAGUUUAAACUCCGGUGCGUCUGCCUUGGUUCAGGUCCUCGUGAUUUCCACCCACGCGAACUCCCACUAGCUAACAACUAUUGACUACCGGUUAGGCCAUUUCUAGAGCUACAUGCACUCGUACGCGUGAACCGGAUAUGACUUCUGUCGGCCGGGGGAGUAGUCUCGUUGCCCAGGUAGCCAUUUAUUCUCAGAAGUUGCUCCUUCGGGACAAGCACUGCGUGGAGAACGUAAGCGUUAGCGGGCUAACACUAACAGCCUCCAGACAAAUUUUCUCACAUUCGAGUGUCGUUUGUUAACAAUGGAAGUCCGAGUUGAUGCAUGACUAUGAUGACAGAAGACGUCUGUUUUGUAAAACAGUGCCAAGGCUAAGGGUUUAGUCCGUUUUAUUUAAAAAAAUAAGUCAGCUUAUUUUCGACAUGCUGGUAUUGACUCCUGUUUUAUUUCCCAUGUGUAUGCGGUGCGCAACGUCGUUCGCGACGCUCCAACUGUCGAUUCGGACAAUUCAUCUCAUGUACGUAAUAUCCGUCGGCCCGUAUAGGACACUCCAGCCAAUAUUUUGAUCUGCUUUACGAAAAUCGAGCCCGUAGUAUCUUCUUAAUCCUUCUGUAUCAAUAAACGGCGAUUUUCGCUUGGACUGAGCUGUGACUUCAACUAGCGUACAAUUACGCCCACAGGGAACAACCGUACUGUUGCAUUAGGUUAUUUUUGCAUUUGAGAUCACAAAUCGGCGGAGGUAUGAAAUUCAUUCAGAGCAUAAACGUACGUUAGCCAAUCACUCAUGUUGACGACGGCCUGUUGAAUCUGGUAUAACGCUAAUAUUGGUUACGUACUAACGGUUUGGUUAACUUACUUACUCGUCCCCGAAAGCACAAGCACCCAGCGGAAUUCAUAAUGCCGUCAAACAUUACCAUUGUGCGGCUUUUCAAAAACCGACAUUUUCACCCCCAUACAGCCAGUACAAAGGUAAGCCGUUUGCACGUUAGUGGAUCGGCCUUUGACUAUGGACUUUUACCAUAUGUCCUUUUUCGGGACUUUGGGCGGACAUUCUGGCUUGCCUUUGAGCAGCCGUCUAAAGUACACUGAUCAAGAGGUAAAGUCUGCCUCUUCUCUGAAGGUGAACAGCGUAAAACUCAGUCGGUAGGGUCUGCGAUUCCUCCAUGUUUGUGCUCGAGAAAUUCAGUUUUAAAAAGACAUCCGAAUUUUCCAGGGGGUUCUCUGGCAGUCAAAGUACCCACCAGUAUUUCUCAACCCCCGCGUAUGUUCAUGGCACAAAUAUGCGACAACUGUCUCUCCUGCCGCAGCCACUGCUACAAAUGCUCGCAAUGCUUUGGCCUAGGCCGCCUGUCUUAGUAUCUCCUCAGCCACCCACCAUUAAGCCUUUAUUAUAACGUCGGUAGUAACUUGAAAUUGGUUAGCGAGAUAAACAAGUAUUUCAUGUUGUUGCGUGUAUCGUUGGGCAAUAAGCAGUUACGCGUCUGUUAAGAGCACGAUUGUUUUUCCUUUCCGCCGGGAGAAACCGCAUGGAAACUAUUCCCAUUAUCAGGAAGUAAUCCUUGUGUUGGCGCUGUGGACUGCAUUUGAGGAGUUAUAAUUACUUAUGACUUGUCUCCGUUUUCGUUCUCACAUCAGCAGGGCGGCUUUUGAUUGGCCAGUAAUAUGCCAGCGGCUACAAAUGAUUAGUCACUUGCCUUGCUUAAUUUCCUCGGAAAUUAAUGCGCGAACUUGGAGUAACUCUUUCGAAACAGGCCUUUUCAGGCAUGGUCCGAAAUUUGAUAUGAAUAUUUGAGCUGAAAUCCAUCAGCUACUGCGGAAUAACCGCUUAAUAUUCACAAACCGCCAACAGGCAGCCAGUAGUAUAGCAUUGUGCAAUAAUUUACCGUACUAACAACACAGGUAUUAGCUAAAAGCCCAGACACGCGUGUUUCGCCGAUCUUGUGCCGCUGCCUGACGCAGCUGCGAGGGGUUCGGCUCGUCAGUGGGUCCCCCAGCAUUCCCCGGAAAUUAAGCAAGGCAAGUUGAAACUGGAGUUCAUAUACCAGAAAACACACGGGGAAUGCUGGGGGACCCACUGACGAGCCGAACCCCUCGCAGCUGCGUCAGGCAGCGGCACAAGAUCGGCGAAACACGCGUGUCUGGGCUUUUAGCUAAUACCUGUGUUGUUAGUACGGUAAAUUAUUGCACAAUGAUUAGUCACUGGUGAAGAUCGUGCGCUUCUCGCUAAGGCUUUUUUGGUUACUAGCUAUGAGAGCCCUAUGAUGUAUUAGUUCUUCUUUCCUUCCGGUGUUAGUGCCUUUAUGUACACCUGAAUUAUGAUUUUGUCCAGCAACUCUCCGAGUCGUGCGCAUUUCGAACUUCACAAAGAAGCGGGCUCAGCACAUGCGCAUAUGUCCUACUAAGCAGACAAUAAUGACCUGAUUAUGCGAGUUUCGGUCGCCUACGCAAGCCAGCCCGGCCUUGGUCUUUCUUUGCAUGUGUUCAGGCUCCCCCACCGCCUUCCACUCACAUAUAAGUCAUACUACUACAUUAAUAAUGCGUCCCUCGACGACCGCCGCCCUUGCAACUUGCAGGAAUUGCGCGUCUUUGAAACCUGUCCCCUUUCCAGGGCUAUGUGUGGAUGUGCACGUUCAUUCCCAAAAGUGAAUGUUGUAGAGUCAGCCCUACGUAGAGAGCGAGAGAGGAAAAGGGAGAGACUGCCAAACUCCCAACAUGCUGUGGCCUGCAAAAUUUCUAAAUAGGAACAGCCCAGUAUGUGGUGUCUAGUCCGGCUACGCCUUCGGUUCCUUCGGAUGUGGAAAAGAGGUCAGAUCACUGACUGCAACCAGUGAUGUUAACCAAGCCUCGGCAGGGAAACAUGAGGGGGACUGGAAGGGGAAAAUGUAAUGGUCAACCGCAAGCACCAUUCAUCACCGAAUAUGGUUUAAUUUGACAACGCACACAAGCUGCAUUACGAACGGCAUCACCAGAAAAUCUCGCGCAAAUAUGUAGGCUAUGUGCGACGGUCUGAGUUGUCGUUUGCUUACCCCCACGACCUUCAACAAACAAUUCAGCAUCUAUAAGGCCUCCUUCUGGUUUAUUGAUAUGGCAGCAUCUUCAACAAACGUAGAGACAAGAUAGUUGAGCAACCAGGCCUCUCAAGGUAUUGUCAAUCAUAGCGUCUUUUAGACCUGCCAACCCUCUGUAUUUUGAUCAUGCUAUCAGGAAAUCCGUAUUUCUCUGAUCCCGUUUGCCUUCCCGCUUUGGUACGCGGACUAAGGCAGCUACCUUCAUUCUCACUAGGCACUAACCCUGAUUGCUGCUACGAGAGCAGGGAUGCAAGAGGGAAAAGGUGUGUGUGAAAGAGAGUUAAUAACGCCGUCCAGGUAGAUGUCCCAAAAUCGACUCUUGCUAAUUGUUUGAUAAGCUGCCGAUUGAGCCUUCAUAGGGGUUCGCGAUUUGCACAACAAGGUCUCCCUCUGGUCCUUUUUUUCUGCCGCCGAGCCGAAGUUUCUCUCUGCCGACCCUACCGUGCUGUCCACCCGCCCCAUCCCCAAGCAGCAUCGACAGAAAAUUCCGUCCCCGUGACGCGCGACAGGAAUGUCGGAAAGUUGAAACGAUACUCAAGGCCGACCAGCCUGAUUGGCUCGCAGCUGGCGGGGUAGGAUGACAACGUGGGUGUGUGUGUGUGUGCGGGGGGAGAGGAGGACAGUCCGACUUCACAUCACAGUAACCCGUCAAAUAGCACCGGCCGACAACGCUGGAUAUGUAAGUACAAAAUUCGCCCCUUCGGGAUGACUCCCAGAUAGCUGGUGUGUGAAGCGCGCGCGCUUCUGCAUAUCCCUCCCUGUGCAUGACCCCAAUAUUUGAGACUGAUUUACCGUUGACUGCCGCAUAGCUGCCUCCGAAGGCUCCCACGACCCGGGAUAGACUGUCAGCCUAAGCAGCAAACGCAAAACUUCUGUGGUGUGGUACGUACUUUCUCAGACUCCUGCUGUGAGAGUUGGAAUUAGUAAAACAUGUUUAUGUUAGGAGGGGAAUAGUUGGCGUUCUUCCCUAGCGCCAUACUGACUACUCCUCGGACAGUGGAUGCAAAACUUAUUUUCCCAUGCCACAACCACAAAUACUGGUGCCCUGUAAAACCGUCUUCCAGGAACAACUGAGAUUAGCCUUGGUAGUCAGAUGGUGGGAACACAGCUAAAGCCAGUGCGAUGACACGGCUGUAGCACAUUUUGGUUUUGUGUACGUCGGCCGACGCCGCGUAUAAGCUGUAGAGCCUCUGCAAGUAUAAAAUGCCCAGCACAAAUUUUUCUCACCGGCUGAACUUAGCGCAUAUGUCCUUUACCAGGACUUGACAGGUGAUCUUGUGAAAAGUACUACCAAUGCCUAAGUGUUCGCUUCCAGAUCGGCAUUUUCGAUCCUAGAGAACCAUCAGCACAUAGUAGUAGACCGUAUAAAUUUCGAAGAAAUAAUGCGUGUUGUUUCAAGGAAGCGCGGCAAACUGCCUCGGCUUAGGAACAAAAUAGUGAAAAUACAUUUGUUGGAUGAAGUUGCGAUUGCUUGCCCCCUACGUCAAUUGAAGAUACUGGCCUUACUCUGCACCCCACAGUACGGUGACCUUUUCGGUCAUUCAGUUGCAAAGAAACUGCAUUAUUCAGAAGCACUACCGACAAAGCCGGGGGAUACUCCUGGGCUGCUACUUCUAGCCUGCUUCUCAUCAUCAACCAGCCAUGCCCGUUGUUUGAAUUCCACUGUGUUCAAUUUUUGCGUCAGUACUCUACCGCUGAAUCUUGGUUUCGUCCUGCUAGGUGUAUCUCACAAGCUUACGUAGUCUGGGCAAUAGCUAAAUAUUCCUAUCCGCUUUCAACAAAACCUGCCCCAUUUCGAAAAUUGUCCUCCGUCCAAAAGGAAAUUAUUUCCCGCAUGACUGAGAGAGUGGAAGGGGAAGGCGGUACUGGCUUGAGUUAGUAACAGGAUAUUUGAGCCCCCCUAGUGAAAAAAGAACAUGCGCCAAUUUUACCUCUUUUCUGUACGUAUGCUAAAAGCCCAUUGUGUUGGAGAGGGUUGACUUACAGUUAACUGAACUCAAAUCAUUUUCUACGUCCUUUUGUAGUGCGUCAAACCAAUACGCAGUCGGACAAAUAAGAGAAAGUUAUUCACUUUUAAAAACGAGUAGGAUUAACUCUCCGUACGUACGAGUCAUCCUCGUCCUCCUCCCCUCUCCAUGUCCUCCUCCUCUCCCCUCCGCGAUCGAUUACAGUUGCCGUAAUUUUCAUAAUAUCGAUUGACGCCAUACCCAGUAAUGUAUGCCUUAGCACCAACUCACGGUCCUAUACGUUUGGCUUUUUGAGAGUGCACAUGUAUCUCUGCGUGAGGUAUUAAGCAUCACUAUAUCCAUAGUUCUGGAAGUAUGAUUUUGUCCUGUUCCAGGCACAUCUACGGACAGUUUCUACUUCACGCUCUCUCCGCAAAAUCAGGAUGUCGAAGAAGGUCAACCUUUGCGAUUGGAGUGUGCCGUGAAGCCUAAUCAGGACAUUCACUACUCCUGGCUACACAAUGAUUCAAUGAUAAAACCGGAGUUGGAGAGCGGCCGCCGCUAUCUCUCUGGUGAGAGCAACCUGCAGAUCCUGAACGCUGAUCGAGAUGUUGAUCCAGGCCGGUACCAGUGUCAGGCUCUGAACAAGACAUCAAAGUUUGUCAGUGCCAGUCGUGAGGCCCUCGUCAAUGUAUAUUGUGAGUGAAACUCUCAGCCGGCUGCGUUUAUUGUUUGAUUCUUUAGUUACUCUGUUCCGAAAUAGCUCAUUAUUUGACUUGGAUAUACGCUGGUUUUUCGUCUUCACCCUUAACUGGUCGUGACCAUAAGGGUAAGAGGUCAUUAACUGUCACGAGGUAAGGCCGAUGCACAUGCUUACGGACGACGCCUAAGAUGUGCCUAUGCCCCGUUCGAGAAGCAGUGGACCUAUUGGGUCAAUGAUAUUCUAUUCAUACAACCGCUCUUGCAAUGAAGGCCUUUGAAACGCAUUAAUAAAUUUUCUUUUGGCUGGAGUGAUUGUCUUCGACCAAAUUGAAUCUUGGCCCUGCAGUCGUCUAAGCUGUUGGGACGAGGUGCCAUAUGCAUUAACGACUGUGAGAAAGUGCGAGCCCAGGGUGCGCUCCCUGCGCGGUUCUUCGGUCUGCCCGGUAGGUUGCAAACCGAACUUACCACCUCGGCCAGUCGUUGCACUCAAGGCCGCGAUCGAUUAUGGCCUAGUCAAGUGAGCCUCGAGGCUUCAGGACAUGCUGCCGCCUUCGCAGCAGCUCUUCCCAAAAGAAUCCACAGCGUCACAUGAGAUUCAUCCGAAAUAAUAGCAUCGUUGAUGUUUUUGCUCUGUCCACUUUCAUUUAAAAAGAAGGACCGACAGAAGAAAUGUGCGAUGAAUAGGUGACAGCUUCAAAAGGAAAAGCACCUAGUUCAAUGCCGAUACAUAAACAUUUCUAAGGAAGUCUAACGUCCGACCAGAUUACUCCUGUUGUGAUUGAAUCUGAGUUUCAAGGACCCUAAUAUCCUGUUUUAACCUUCUGCAAGCCAAAGUUUUGGAUACCGUACGGGAAUGGUAUACUUUUGGGCGUUCACAGGGACGUUAUCGAAACUGCAAAGGACUAUCUAGGCUCGAUUUUAACCUCAACCCCUAUUUACAAUGAAACAAGUCGCCGAGACUAUCGCGCUCAGAGAUAGCGUGGUUAUGAUUGCGACGAGACUCCUUCGCUAGUUCUUUUAUUGUGUUAACAUAUGGUAAUCUCCCGACAUAUCAAAUGGUCCACCACACGACCCCUGAAGUCUUCUAGGAAAAUACAUGCUAGAACGUCAAUAAAACCUGAUAUCUUUAGUGUUUUGCUCUGUAUGAGUACUACCUUCGAAGCAGCUGAACGUGGUCCUCGGACACUGUCCCGAGGCAACAACCCAUCGUCUGCUCACGCAACCUGUAAACAUGUCAACAUCAGCACACGUUCAGAAACAGCAAAAGUAGCAUUCGUUGAUCCCUGGUCGCCAGUCACAAUGCUACCGCCUGCGUGCACGUUAGGUCCGAAGAUCCAAGACAAAACAGAAGCGUCCACUUCAAUCCAGCAAGCAAGCUCGAGCGGUAAAUGCAAUUUCCAUGUGACUUAGCCUGCUCCCGAUCUCGGCCGUUAGAACGUGAGCGCAGCAGUCCAUGUAGCGACGAAAUUAGCAUUAGAAUUUUCAAUGGACUAAUGGAUCGGUGUUCAAAUCUUGGAUGAACUAGCAGCGGGGUUAGGGUAUUACUGUCUGAUAUCGACACAGACGUCAGAAAUGGUCAUUCCACUGUCUCUAGUAUUUGUUGACGACACUUCCUUAUGUUUCCAAUAAUAUGCCGCGUUGUCUGUCCUAUUUACCCGGCCACCUACUACGGUACGUUUAAUGCAAAACUAAUGACACGAAUGCAUGAACAUGAAUAAGAGUUGAAGCCCUCGUCGAGAACGAGUAUCCAUCUGCUGACCAUAAGCCCCAAGUGGGCGUACUUAGCCAGUCUUCGGGUACGUGUCCCAAUUUCAAGUACAGACCGAUAAUGGCUUUAAUGGGAAUCAGAAUAAACGGGAAAAUGACGAUCAAGAGUUUAAUGACUGGUAUACACCACUUUCCUUCUCCUUCCCUCUCUCAUUAUGCUCUACUGAGACUAGAACUCGCGUACCCAGACAGUAUAACCGCCAAAAACAUUAUGGUCAUAUAGAUUCUCCGGGGCCAACCAGGUCAUUGGCAGGCUGCAACACUUAAUAUGGAAUAUUUGUGACAACAUGAACUUACAGAUGUACAAGAUGGUCGUCCUGACUACGAUCUAACGGGGCACGAAAUCCAAAGAAAAGUGGGACUACUGUCAGUUAAGUAGCUCCGAGAAAAUCCUGAAGGCAAAGUGGUAGGAGGGGAUCGCGGGCACUGAGGCCUUGGAAAGAACGGGCGUGCUGAGCAUCUAUGCUAUGCCCAAGGAAAUGCAACUGCCAUGGAGCAGACAUGUCACAAGUAUUGCCAACGUGCACCUGCCCAGACGAUUCUUCUACAAUGAUGUUCGUACGUGCGUUCACAGACAUGGUAGACGGAAAAUUCGGCAUACAAGUACCCUGAAUACUUCUCUCGCCAACACCUGCAAAACCAAUCUGGAGGCCUGAGAGGGCCUUGUACGUGACCGGCUGGCUCGCUUUACUGCCAGCUGAGGAGAUAACUCGAGUCUACUCAGGGCUGGAGGUCAGGUCACAAGGACCCCUUUUAGAUCCAGCCUUUACAGACCUUUCGUUUGCGCUAGUUGCUAGCCCUCACGCAGUGUGAAGGACGGUACGCAUUGAGUAGCCCGUGUGUGGUACGCGUAGACGGCCUAGUUUGCCUUGUUAGCUGCUGCUGCUACUGCUGCGCACGCAUUCACCUCCAGUCGUCCUAACUCUGCUUCUCCAUCGGAACGCAGCGCGGGUCUGCUUCACUAUAACAAAAUUCACGCGUAAGCCACAGCCCCGUCCACCUCGUGGGAUAUAGGUGAAUUUCGACGUUUGCAAUGAUUGAACCAUCCGUUAUGUGUGUGUGUGUGUGUGUUUACGCACAUUUGAGUGCCUCCGAGGAGGCUUGUUAACGCAGCACACAAAAGCACGCUCACACACACAUGCGUCCACGACUGUACCUAAUGCCUGCCAUAUGUGCGUCCCCCACCCACGGGCACAUUCAUAUGUAGUCUGGAUGAUAGAUGUUUCCACCGUUCUCGUCAACUGGCUUCGGAGACUGCGCAGUUUACAGCAGCAGCAGCAGCAGUAGCAGCCACUGCCGGCUGGCCCCGUUGGCUUGCCUCGACUCCUUCAAAAGUCGGGUUCCUAUCAGGGAGAAGGGGAGAAUGGGUUUAUUCGAUGAGUGUUUAGGUGUACAUCAGCAGGAGGAAAGAAAUGGAAAAAAAGAAGGCCAUCAGACACCGCGGCUGUAGCAUCUUCGCUGGGUAUUCCCUGCAGCAACAGCAGCCGCCACGACGGCCUGCUACCUCAAAGAAGCGACACUUUGUGUCUGCAUGAUUAAUGGUAGCCUGUGUUUGUGCGCCACUUGCGUGUAUGGGCAAACGCAUCUACGUGCCAUACACAGAGGCGCGGAGGCAGUAGAUGAUAAACGGAGUGCGGAAAAGUUCACGUUGUCCCGCGGUCUUGGAGAUCCAACAGACCCGUUUGCUAGCGGCCUCUCUACAGAACCUGGGGCACCCAGGCAAAAGUCCUUGGGCACUCCCUAUCAUAGAUCUAAAACGUCACAGCAGAGGGCAGUCAGAUUCGCUGUAGUAUCAGACUUUCAUUGACGUAAACAACUCUUAUCUAUCUGAGUAAAUGUUUAUUGGCACCGACGAAAAAUAAUCGAUGCUUUUUCCGACUUUGCCGCUGUUUCAGCUACUCCGUCGCCAUCGUUUUCUCCAUUAAGCGCCUUGAAAGGGAAGAUUUUCUUGGAGAGGACAGUUUUCUGAAAGACCGAUUCUAGAAUUCAAUUAUGUACAGGCUUGAGAACGAUUGCACUAAGGAACCUUUGUGCGGCCCUGCUUUAAAGGCUCAAAGACUAUUUGGAGGAUUUAUGCAGUUCUGAGCAAGUAAUUUAAAUAAUCUUUGAAUGGAUCGGUGUCUACGUUUGUAAAAGUUUGAUUCAUUUUAUAUCGUCCAAGCCACGGAAGCAUCCCAAAAAUAUUCUCCAAGUAUUGUAAGAAAUUUAUGGAUACGAUAAACUCAGGUGUAUCUCACCCUCGAAACUGAGUUCUAAAAUCAAAACAGCGAAGAGCACACCGGCUAGAAAGUCCGCAGCUCAUAGGGAAAAUGACUUUCUUAAUUCAAGAUAUUCCAGAAGUCCUCUUUUCUAAUAUAAAACAUCGGUAGACGAGAUGGUUGUUUAAUUAACGUUAGAACACACGAAUUUUACUGAGUUCUACAUGAGUUCUUAAGUUGACAAUUAAUUCAACCUUCUAAAUGGAAUUGGUCCCUAAAGAAAAGGAGCAUUUAUUUCCGUCUACUUACUGCAACUUUAUACUGUUUUUUUGCCGAAAUCAAAUAAUGUAUUCUAUGGUUCUACUAAAUCUUAGCUGGACGGAUUAAUCAAAGUGGCCAUUGCAAACUGAUUUCAAGUAAACAAUGGGCUAUGCACAGAGAUGAAGAGAAUAGUAAACAUAGAGAUUAAUCAAGGAGCAGAGCUCGUAGACGUGCCUUCAGACAGAAAAUAUACCCGUGCAUAACGGUUAGAGUUCACGAUUUUCGUGGAAUUUAUUGAAGAGGCAUGGGGUGAAAUCUUCGGUAUAUAUGUCUGUCUCCUGAAAUUACGUUCACCGACCAGGUUACGGGACGCGUUCGCCCUAUUGUGCCUUGGCGCCAAAUCCAAAGUCCUCAUAGGCAAUCGUACAAAGGGGCCCUAGAUUGAGCCCUGAGGCACAACAGGACGAGCAUGUACCUUAACCCGAUAGGUGUAAGCAGUUACAACAUGGUAGAAUUAUAGAUUUCAACCGACAGAAAAACGGGCCACUACGAGGCUAGUUUGUGUUGGAAAGCCAAUGGAUCGGUGUGUACCCAUUCCUAAAUGAGUAUAUAUAUAUAUAUAUCGCGUUAAUAUAUAUAUGAACAAUAGUUGAGGGGCACCCAUCGAUCUCUUUACGGGACACACUCUCCCUGCUGUCUCUUGAGGUCCACUCUCGAGCCUCGCCAGCAGCCGCUCAACGGAUAGUAUUACAGACAGAAUGAUAUUAGCAACAAAAACAAGAGGGGCUGGAGUGACCACUUCUACAUUAUUAGCUGUCAUCAGCUAGCCAGACCCACUCCCAACUUUUACAACCCCUGAGGCCCGGACCCGCAACCUAUUGGUCGAAAGUCCAACACCCUUAUCACCGAGCCCCCGACCCGUUGUCGAUCGCACAGACUAACGAUGGUAGAGGGGCGCCUAUCGAGAGGACAAAGGGCCGCGGAUCAGCAGUGAGGGUCUUUUUCUACAGAAUAACGACUGUUUUAUGGAUUUUUACUUAGUCAGUUUUUCCCCUCAAGUAACUUUACGUCUUUUUGAUUACGACCUACGUGAAUGAUAUGUAACCCCUAUACAAAGGGUCUGAUUACUGAUUCAUAUUUUAUUUUUUAUAUUUGUAUCCCAAACUCCGUAAUGCAUUGUGCCCGUGUUUCCUCUUCGACAUUCAGGGAUGGAACCGGACGUACGCGUGGAGCUGGUUAAACCUCAACGGCUAGAGGAUAUUCGCAUGGGCGUCGAGGUCGAACUGGCCUGUCGCGUUCAGGCAAGCCCACCAGCCACAAUGAGCAAUAUCCUCUGGUUUCACAACGGCAACGCGUAAGUUGUAUUCCUUUUAGACGAGCAGCUGACCGUCCUAAAACAAUUUUUAGAGGCCUAGUUCAUCCCAUACGCUUGGCUGAUUUUCUAAUGCCCAAUGUGCAAUCUUUUUGCUUAAAUAUACGGUAAGUGGGCUAACUCAUGAGAUGUCAACCGAAAUUCACAAAUGCGUUUUCGUUUCGAAAAGAUUAAUUAAAUAGGUUUGUAAACUAAUUAUCGCGCAGCAUAAUUCUAUGAUAAUUCAGUUACCCCAGAACGCUGGCUUUCGAAAAAUCUUCUUUCCGGCUGCAUCUAAAAACCAUACUCGUGAAAAAUGACUACUUAAGAAGCGUGCCUUUUUCUCAUUGAUUUUCGAUGCCUUUAAUGAUUCAAUUAUAUUUCAUUGAAAAAAUGCAUAAAAUAUUCAUUAUUAUGCUCAUUCAGUAGAAAAUUACGUCUUCUUCCAAUUUCAUACUCGAAGUAAGGGUAUAAUUUGGUUUUAUAAAACUUUUCCAAUUCCCGAAUAAUGUUGAACUCGACUUGCCGUUACACUAGCAUUCAGGGUUCCCUAACUACAAGCCGUAUAAUUUCCGCGUAAUGAAAACCAGACAGUUCGUAUUAAGAUUAGACCAUAUGGGGUUCAUAAAAGUAACAGUGGAUUUGAUCCAACUUCUUAACCUUACGAGCCACAUUGGUAAAUGUGGAGAAAUGAGGUUUUAUGAAGGGCCAUUUCACGGUAUUAAAAAUCUCACAAUUAGACACUUAUUAAAGCCGAAUUUUACCCUUCCUUCGAGUAUAAAACUGGAAGAAGACAUAACUUUCUGCUGAAUGGACAAAAGAAUGAAUAUUUUUAUGCAUGUUUUCCAUGAAAUAUAAUCGAAUCUUUAAGGGCAUCGAAAAUCAGUGAAAAAAUGCAUGCUACUUAAGUAGUCACUUUUUACGGAAUAUGGUUUUUGGACACAGUCGGAAAGAAGUUUGCUCGAAAGCACGAUGAUUAGUUUUACAACCCUACUUAAUUAAUCUUUUCGAAACGAAAACGCUUUUCGGAAUUUCUGUUGAAAUCUCACCAGUUAGCCCACCUACUGUAAAUGAUUCGAAAACUAACUCUCGCCGUCACCUAUCCUUCGUGCCCAACAUAUACAUGCUGGAGAGCAUUUGAAGUCUCUGAGGCAUUCAUCGUUGAAUUAACUAAUUAUGGCGUAAUUAUUUCUUCGCUUAACUUGAGGCUCAAAUGAAAGGACAGUUGGAAAAGCAUUAUGAAUGAUUACUAAGCAUUAGCAGAAAGUCAGUAAGGUUGGUCAUGCAUCAGGAGGGCCAUACUUCGUUGCCUCCUUACAAAAGGCGAUUGCUGCAUUAACCCUCUCGGACAUGCCCUCAAUGGGUUUGGUAAUCGCUGUCUGGGACAGCGAAUUUCACACUUCUUAGAGAACGCCAAUGCGACAUUUCAGAGUGGGAAACGAUUAGAGCAAUUUUGACUGGAGCGAACUGGGCAAUGAUAACGUUACACAUCCACAAUCUGUGCCUUCACAGAGCUUUCAUGUCAAAUGCCAUACCGAUCACGCUAUGACGAAUAUAACUGUCAGUCGUGCAAAUUAUUUAGUGCUUCCAUAUCAAUGACGCACAAGGCGAGUCUAUUUUUUCAGCCUGAACGACUGCUCCCUUGGGAUUGCGAGGUACUCCUCCUGUGUGUUGAGGAUAAAUAGUUGUGCUUCUAAUUAGAAUGAAGUUUAAGUUGAGAGCCUAGACGGCCAUAAAACAUGUAUUCUGGCCAUUAAAAAUCAUUGCUUUCUUCAAUCGUCUGCAGUCUAAGAGGUUGGAAGCAGUUAGACUUAGGUAGACUAACCUGAUCUCUCAGGUAAUCCCAGACAUCUCCGAGGGAAGUUAAAGAUGACUUAUUAAAUCAUCGGGGCGGUCGAAUGUUAGCUUCUGUUUUGAGUUUUUGGAGGGCGUACUUAAUGUGAUAUGACAUUGGCACUCCAUAGAGAUGUACCCUAACAUAACGUUGAUCGGUGAUAUCCUUUUUUAUGCAGUAUCUUCCGAUAACGCUCGAUCUAAAUAUGUCAGCUGAAUAAUUAAAACACGUCUUCCGUUGAUUCAAGUCGCUCCCCGUAACUUCGCUGACCUUCCUUAGCCUUGGCGGGGGACGGGUAAGUCAUGACUGUAAAUCUUAGUUGAUUCAUUCGGCCAUCUCUAUUAACGAGGUCUACCAGUGACUCAGACCUACGAGAUCGGUUGAUUAGCAACCCCUCCCAUAUGCAUUCCGCGGUUAUACUUCCGUGGAGGGAGAGGAGGUUAAUCUAUCCAACUAGAGUUUUUUUUCUCUGCAUUCUAAAAGUCUGUCGAAGUGCUUUCACCUUGUCUGUUGGCAUUGUCUGUGUUCAGUCAAAUGAUCCUACUCGCCUGCAUUCCUGACCCAUGCUGUGUGCUUCAAGUCGGCAGACGCCCUUUAUGCUUGGUCUAUCCAAGACUUGGGCACUGCGUUAUGGACGCCCCUUUUAUAAAAUUUUAUAAAACAACGGAUGACUAUGACUCUUAAGGACAGAGGGAAACUUUUAUUCCUAACAAAAUGGUACAUGAUUUCUAGCAUUUGUGCAUGGGCAGAAAUGUUUCAUGUUUACCAGUACGACUACGCAUCUGAAAAGCACUCAACUAUGACUUCAAACUUAGACAUACGUUGCUUAUAUGCGGUGGACUACGCCAACAGGCAAGAAGAAGAAACUUGGUGCAACCUCUAAAAGAACUUUGACUUCCAAGAGAUGACUAGGAACCACAUCAAGAGGGCUUCCCCAUCCGUCAGUGUUCACUGCUAGAAUUACUGUCUCUGUGUUCUCAUGCCACCGAGGUAUCAUUCAGUCUGCAUACGACUCCGUAAAGGUUGGAAUCUUGAUUUUUUUAGGCGACUCCCCAGUAUGCAGACCCUGGGUAACGGCAACCUGCACGUCGCAGCGUUUGGCAUGCAACAUGUGGGCGUCUUUCACUGUCGGGUGAUACACGCUGCCGGAAAGGUGGAUAGCAGGCCGCCAUUCGUCAUUCAGAUGGAUGGUAAGUUAAUGUUAACUGUCGAGUUAAAAUUGUGUACACGCACAUACCUAGAAUCACAUAUUUUCUCAGUCAGGUAAUAAAAUGUACGCAUUCCUGGGAAAAUGGAAAUACCGUAAUAUCCUUUUGCCAAAUGAUCCAGGAAGAACGGAAGCAGUAGCGCGAACCUGAGAAUAUUUUCAGGAAACCUUACUGCUGUAAGGUGGGCUAGUUCUGUAUCCAGAUGGCCGUGAUCUCAUCUGAGUCUUUCCUAACGGGAAAUUAACGUCAUUUGCAUUUUUUUUAUUCGGGAGUGUUGGUCUUUCCUCGUGUGGCCUUAGUCUCGCCGCUAUUUCACACAAUUUGCUGUCUGAUGACUUACCUCGGCACAGUUGAUUCGUUCGCGCUUGUGAUCGAUUCACCGGGAGAGUUGCCGCCAGUGUCGAGCCGGAUAAAGAUAGUGGCAGGUGGAAGGCCACUGAUGCGACAGGAUCUAGCGUACAGACAAGUAGAAAGAGGGCUUAAACAAGCACAUCUAACUUCCUGAUCAUCCGAAUUCCAGCAAUAUACCGAGAAAGUCGUUUUUAAAACGCCUCUAAAAGUAUAAUUUAGUAAAAGAUAUAGGUGCUUGUGCUGGGUACGGUUGGCGAGACCGAGAAUAGAUGUGGGCCUCAAUUUUCUUCGAAUGUUUGCGUGUGUAAAGGGAUGACUUUCUUUACUCCUGCUGUCCGAAUCCCCCGUUUGACCUUAAUGAAUCAUUUCUGGUAUAGUAGACGCAAUUCCCCUUGGCGUUUUGCUACGCCACUGGCCAUGGGUGUAAUUCCGCUAUCGCCGGUGAUCUCUUUAUGGGCACAUGGUUUACCACUCCGAUGGACAGUCACGCUUGAAGACACUGUAGUUGCACGCUUCCCGACACCACAUUCGACAGACCCAAGAGCCUGUUUAUUCAACAGUUAGCUAUAAAUGGGGGUCGUCCAAUUGAAGCAGUGUUUUCCCGGGAUAAAUUUGAACAAGGCGAAGGCGACAAAGCAUGCAGAAUUUAAUGACCGUGUGCAGCUGAAUGAGAGGUCUCGAAAUUUAUGACGUCAUUAAAUUCUGCAUGCUUGGUCGUCCAAUUAUCAACCACCGCAGUUAGGCCAAAAGGCAUGUUCAUCCUUCCGGAUUUCCUGUCGCACUGGCCCAUUAGAGGGCUUCUGUUACCGAUAUCGUGUACGCCCUGGCCUACUCUCGCCAUGAGGGAUCCACCCCAUCAAGUCUGGAUUCCGAACUUCGGACCACAGUGCCCUUGACUUAUAAGGCGCGAGAGUUAUUACUAUUGACUGCACUAGUGCUUCAAAAAGGCAGGAGUUAGGAUGACAAUCUCCAGAGGACAAGUUUCAUUCAGUCUGAGUAAACAUGAUUUCGGCAGCAAAUGCUGGCAGAAGUAGGUGACUGACGUAAGCCGUAGGCACACGAAGGCCAUGUUUCUGAUGAGAUAGACAGUAGGUGACCUCGAGGCAGACAGAAAGCGCGGAUAGUUCGCGGAUCCACUAAAGUGAACUACCACAAAGUGAUGCUUUAGAUACCUCGGUCACCGCAAGGUCGCUUCACAGCGUAUGCACCGGAGUAUUUCCCGAAGUCAGACUUAGUUGGUUACCUGUUUAUACUAUUGGAAUCCCUCUUAAUUCUCAAUUCUGGUCCAGUAAACGCAGUGGCUUACUACAGGUACCACCAGUUGUUCACCUAUACCAUAUACGACCCAAAAUCUAAUUUUAUAAUACGUAGUCUUUAAAAAGUACAUAGGUGAAAAACGGGACGCUCUGGAAAGAGCACUUGUUAAAAAACACCGAGGAUACAUUUAGGCGUUUGUUCCUGACUUAAAUUAAAAUGAGAAUUUAAAAAAAUGGUCUUGAGGUCAGUCGCAGGCAUAAAAAACCGCAGGAUCGUGAGAUUUGGGUGUCGGAACUGAAAAUCCUUAGCUUAAUCACAAAACCAAAUUAAAUAGUCCGGAGGGUUUAGACCCGGGUUGCUGUGUGUCUGGAUGUUAAUGUAUUCUGAUAACCCCUUUCGGACCAUCGUGCUUGUGUGACAGGGGUUCCACUCAGUAAAAGAAUCAACUCCAAUUGGCUCAUAAAGUUCAGCUAGGACAGGGGAGGUCGUGAGACUGCCGGAUGAUCUAAUAUAAGUGCAUCCGGAACCUUCUCACAAGAACAUAAGUGGCGUCCUCCUUAAAUACACCAUACCGAACGUCAGCAGUUAGAAAAUGCGUUUGACUUUGCCCCGGCCAAGCAGUUUGCAUGCACCAAAAUACGAUAAAAAUCACGCAUGGCAUGCUGGAAAGGUUGAUCAGAGAAAGAAUACAAGGAUUGCACUAUCACCAAGGCAGAGGCUGCAGAGUGAGACAGGAAAGCCGACGUCAUAUGAAGUACACUAGUAUUCGUAUCCUUUUAAAAGGAAUCCAGUAUGAAGGACCCAGGAGAUUAUCAGACAAAAUAUCACUAAGAUGGGGUUACUUGGAAUGAAUAUUGAAAAACUCAGCAGUAGACGAUCAUCGCACACUGGUGAUACGGCAAAUUUGUGGACCGCUUUUGUGAUGGCGUCGAAACACCAAAUCCAGAUGUUAGGCACCAAUACCUAUGAGAACUCUCGAGCAUGUGUUAAGAGCCUACUUCGCCUGACGACUGUGCUUCUGAGAUUGCACUGUCUGAGUAAACGUGUCUACAUGUAGAGGGCCAAAUAUGAGGGGGAGUUGGGGCUUUACCUCAGUCUUCACCCGCGUUAAGCUUGGACUAAUUGGCUGGCGAGUUGAUAGUCAUAUGUCUGAGUGGAAGGAUACCUGACUUACAGUAGAUGUGCCAACUCAUGAAAUGUCAACCAAAAUUUCGAAAUGCGUUUUCGUUUCGAAAAGAUAAAUUAAGUAGUGUUGUAAAACUAAUCAUGAUGCAGCAUAAAUCUAUAAUGAUCCAAUUACCUCAGGGUGUCAGCUUUUAAAAUAACUUAUUUUCAGUUGCAUGCAAGAUCUAUACUCUGCAAAAAAUGACUACUUAAGUAGCAUGCAAUUUUUUCAUUGAUUUUCGAUGUACUUAAAAAUUCAAUUAUAUUUCGUGGAAAACAUGCAUGAAAAUAUUCAUUCUUCUACUUAUUCGGUAGAAAAUCACGUCUUCUUCCAAUUUCAUAGUCAAAAGAAGAGUAUAAUUUGGUUUUAAAAAAGUUUCUAAUUGUGAGAUUUUUUAAUACCGUUAAGUGGCCGUUCAUGAAACGUCAUGUAUCUGCAUUUACGAAUGUGGUUUGUAAAGUUAGCAAUAUUGCUUAGAUCCACUGCUUAAUUUUAUGAACCGCAUAUGGUCUCCUCUUAACACCGAAGAGAAAUGAAUGGUUUUCCGUACACGGAAAAUAUACAACUUGUAGUUUUGGAACCCUGAAUGCAAGUGUAACAGUAGGUUGGGUUCAAAAUUAUUCGGGAAUUAGAAGAAUUUUCUAAAACCGAACUAUACUCUUCUUUUGACUAUGAAAUUGGAAGAAGACGUGAUUUUCUACCGAAUAAGUAAAAUAAUGAAUAUUUUUAUGCAUGUUUUCCACGAAAUAUAAUUGAAUUUUCAAGGGCAUCGAACAUCAAAGAGAAAAUUGCAUGCUACUUAAGUAACCAUUUUUUGCAGAGUAUAGAUCUUGUAUGCAGCCGAAAAUAACUUCUUUCGAAAGCCGACACCCUGAGGUAACUGGAUCAUUAUAGAUUUAUGCUGCAUCAUGAUUAGUUUUACAACAUUACUUAAUUUAUCUUUUCGAAACGAGAACGCAUUUCGAAAUUUUGGUUGACAUUUCAUGAGUCAGCACAUCUACUGUACAUCUCCGGUAAAGGGCGGUCGUCAUAAAUAACAACGCCUAAUAGUUGGAGCAUGGCCAGCUGAGCCUUGCCGAUAACAGAAUUCAGGAUGCAAGCCCCCCCAGAAUCAGAAAGAGUGGACGCAGCAAUGCUGACCGGUAGUAGCAGCACCAUUAAGACGUCUUCAAAGAGCCCCCCCCCACUUUUCUUGAAAAUUUUUCCAAAUCCCUUCCUGAACACUUGACUUCUGCUUCUCCAAAGCCAACGAACCCCCCAGCCUGGACACCAGCGUGAGCGGCGAGCAGCUGCUUGUGUACGCCCUGCCCGACAGACCAAUCAAGCUCUCCUGCCCGCAUCCGACCCUGCCGGAGGAUCUGCGUGACUCCCCAAUCAUCACAGUGUGGGGUUUCAUGAAGAAAUUGGGCGAGCAGCAGCAGUCCAUCACCCACCUCCCUGCCGUUCAUCUAACGGACCAGGACUCGACACUCACCAUUGAACGUUUUAAACACGUCCACGCCAACUUCUAUACCUGUGAGAUCGGUUUCCCCGGUUCGGCUGAUCGGUACUUCUACGUCUUUCAAGUCUAUCUGGCAGGUGAGUUUGCUGUAUCUCCCGUUUCUGUCACUUGGAUCUCCCGUAAUACGGGCGCUUUUGCGCUAAAUUCUAGGGGAUACCUAUUCCCGUGUUCAAACCUUAACGUUAACACUAACCAAAACCUUAACCCUUCUAGCGGAACUCUAAACCCAACCCUAACCCGCGUGGAAUUUAGGACAAAAACAUCUGUGAUACGAAGAUCUAUAUUCCCGUGCCCAACGCAACAUCAAUUUUUGCUCAGAAGGCACACUUUCAGCAAGCCCUCUCGGAGGAAUGAUUAACAACAAAAAACAUUCAUUUCUUUAAAAAAAUUGCAGAUUUCAUUUACUUGAUCGCUGAAAUACAGUGGCCGAUCUCAUGAAAUGUUAACCACUAUUCUGUAAUUUGUUUUCGAUCAGGAAGGAUUAAUUAAAUGGCGCCGCAGUAUUGAUUAUUUUGUGGCAUAAUCCCGUGAUACUCCGGACACGUUAGAAUGUUGAAUUUGGAAUUAUCUUCUUUUUGAUCGACUGCAAAAACAGCACUUACAGAAAAUUAGCGCUUAAGUGGCGUGCAUUUACUCUGUUAAUUUUCGACGCCCUUGUAAAUGCAAAUGUAUUUAGAAGAAAAUCUCCAUAAAAUACCAUUUUUGCACCCACUUGUUAAUAAAUCACGUCUUGCUUAAAGUCAAUACUAAAAGAAAGGGUGCGUUUUGGUUUUAAAUUUUUUUUAUAAUUAUGACAUUUUUCAAGACUUUGCAAUGUCCAUUCGAAUACCAUCUUAUCUGUCUGUUCAAUAUCACUCCUCGUUAAGCAUACACCAUAGUCCGUUGCAACAUUUUAUGAGUCGCGUAUGCUGUUUUCUUAAUGGCACAAAGAAGCCUAUAUUUCGCAUUAUACAGAAUGCAUCCAGCUUGUAGACUGAGAACCCCAUUCAAGGAUGAAAUGGCAGGUCGGGUUCAAAAUUAUUCGGGAAUUGAAAACUUUUUAAAACCGGUCUGUACUAUUCCUUUGAGCAUGAAUUUUGAAGAGGACAUGAUUUGCUGCUAAAUUAGUACAAGAAAUAAUAUUUUUCUAGAGGUUUUCUUUAAAAUGCGUUUGAAUCGACAGGGGUGUCGAAAAUUAGAAGAGGAAAUGCACGCUACUUAAGUUUUAUUUUUUUGCGAGUGCGGUUUUUGCUGGCGGUCGACAAGAAGCUCACCCAUAAGCCACCAUCCUGGCGUGUCGGAAUUAUCACGGGUCUAUGCAACACAAUAAUCCAUGCUACAGCCCCACUUAAGUAAUCUUUCCUAAUAGAAACUUAGUUUCAGAAUUUUAAUUAACAUUUCAGGAGAUCGGUCACUGGCUGUGCAUGUAUUGGUUCGCUAGAAAUCUUCAAGUGCACAUUUAGUGAGUGAAGACUGAUUGGGCAAAGUUGCAAUACUGAUUUACAUGAAGCAUACUUUGGGGUGACCUCUUUCGCUGUGGCACGUUGACUUUUGCUUGACCAUCUACGUCCCCAACCGUGUAAAUAGCCCUUUAAACAUACCAUUCCGACGGUGGAUUUUUUUGCCAAUUUAUUUCGGGAGCGUAUUGCAAUCCAACUUUUGCGCCGCAUGUGGAUCGCGCAGACUCUCUGGGCUGAAUUAGUACAUUAGGUGUAAUUUGCCACAAACUAAGUGUAUGUAAUGAGGCGUUUGCGCAUUUUCUCUCGAAACCAUAUCGUGCCCCAUACAAAAAGCCGCACUUUAGAUGCGCUGGACCAGACAGGUGAGACGGGGAGCGGGGGGGAGGUCGGACUGACUCAUUUGGCGGGUUGCAAUGCUUCCGCGCGAGAGCUCAUCACUCCUACCGUUCAUGCGUGUGACAUGCCUUGGACGGAGGCCUUCACGCCCCGUCAGCCACUGCUCCCAAACCCAUCACCAGCUAGCAGCGAGGCUGAAGGAGGGACGCGGAAGGGAGGAAGUGAGGACGACGCUGAGGACUCCAUACCCACGCAAAAACCAUCUUUCUCCUCACUAUUAUACUCAGUCUGGCACGCCUGGAUCUGUCACGACGCGUUACUAAUCCUAACUUGGGAGGCCGCCGGCUGACUAGAUAACUCGGUCCUUCUCAUGACCCAUGGGCCAAGCUGCAAUGACCCCUUCUUUAAUAAGACUUCUGUGCACCCUCACCCAUGUGACAUUUAAGGUGACCCUACAGUAUUCUGGUGCCAGGUCGCGUGUGGCCGGCGCACCCAGAUGGACUACUUAGCUUUAGUAGUCACUGCGCUCGAGCCAACCUCCGGUCAUCUUGGCUUUAUCCUGCCAUCGGAGCGCGGUGGGUGUGGGGGGGGGAGGGCGUGAGGCAGGUGCACCGCCGCCGCCGUCUGUUUUACUGUAAACGACUUCACGCGUAAGCCGCCGCUGCUGGGCCCACCUCGUGAGCGGCCAUUGACGUCGUCGCUUGCGGCCGUCCAACUGCGGGGGGGGACUGUUGUCGCAUUUACCCAUUGGUUGAAAAUCGAUGGAAGACGUGCACACCACCUAAGUAGCGAUUUUCUAAGGUGUCAUGUGAACAGAAGGCUGAGGAGACGCAUGACUAACAUUAAACCCUCCACCGAGCGCGAGUUAACGUAAGGUUAUGUAUGUGAAAAUUACAACUCAUUCGUGCAUGAGUAGUGUUCCCCUUUAAAGAAUUGCUCAAAUGUUUCAUUCAGUGCUUUCUGCUCAUACGCUGUACGAAGCCUACGCUUCCCAAAACACGCAAAUUGGUGAAGCGUGUGUAAUACGGUCGCUGAUUUGCUUUUCAACUUCACUUUCAUUUAUACCAUGACCAACUCCGAUAGACGUGGUUGGCCAAUAUUUUUCUUGUCUCUUUUACCUUUUUUCUUUGCAUUUAACAGAGUUAUAUCCCCCCAAACCGUUCAACUUCUCUCCGCGUCCUCGCAAGAACCAGCCUCAUGCCGUAAGACUUCACGAGACCCUUAUUCUCCGCUAUUAUUCCGACUUAACACCAUCGACUUCGUAUACGGCCGAGAAUAUCUCUAAUCCUCCGCCGCGAAUUGAGUGAGUUCCCGAGAUCUUAACCGCUCUUACUGAGCUUAUUUUAAUGGCUGGAAUUACGCAGUACCCUAAUAAAAAGUGUAGCAACUAACUCACAGAGCGGUUAACCAGAUUUGCUUGUAUAAGAUCGUCUUCUUGACACUGUGUUAACCACCGCAUUGUGAAUUCCUCCGUUGUAAAAAGGUGACGUAUGCUCAUGAAGAUUUUCCUUAGUGCCGAAACAAACUGUGAGUAGGAUCGUCUAGGAACUAUUGCAGCAGGUUUCCAACUUGUUUUCCCUCGACGACAGCUAGACCGUCCUGAACGAAAAUGUCCGCGGGCGCAGGAAGUUGCCUUUUGCCCGAGUUACUUUAUAGUGAUGGCAGACUUGUGCAUCCUCUGCCGCAUUCACUCCUUCCUCUCCCCUGUAGCUAGACGAAAACAGAAGGACCGAGGCCGGAGUCGGGUGCAAUUGCCGACAAAGAUAAACAGACUGUCUGCGUAUGUCAUACACGACCUGGUUCCCGCACAAUGGGCCGGGUUUUCACAAACAAGAUGACGUCUCGGAUCUCAUCUGGACGGGAGUGGCAUAGAGGCCACACUAGAAAUGAGUCAUUGCAGCCUGACUCUCCAUCCUGAGAAAGGAACCUUCUUAUCCCGUCAUUUGGCAGCCCUCAGAGCCAUGACCUUCAGCGCGUCGUGAUUGGUCCAAACCACCUCUGAUGUUUACAGUGAGCAAUGCUCUGAACCGCUGGGGGAAUAUAUUUCACAGUAUCCGCCCCACCCUCCCUCUUCCCUCACCAGCCCACUGUCCGAGCCGGCCAGCCAUCUGAUGCGGGGACUGGGCACUAGUUUCUGGCGCGGCGGGAGAUUGCGCCCAAACGUGGCACCACACUCCCCCAUGAGUGUCAUUUGUCGUGGUGUGCUCGGACUCUGCCCAGCCUCGAUAACGCGAGUUGUCAUAGUGGUCCGAGUUGCCCCGUCAGUUCCUAGCCUUCCGAGCCGCAUAAUGACUGACUGUAUCCCAAUGCAUAACUCCCUGUGGGGGUGUUUUUACUGAGCAGUCCUUGGGUUUGUGGCGUUACCUUACCAUGGUUCCUCCACUUCACUUUGGAGGAAUUACAAGGUUCACCAGGGGACGCUCGAACGAGGAGUUAGUCGUCCUUCGAAGUCCACGCUGUAUGAUGAUGAUGAACGCAUACUGCUUAUGAUUAUGGGGAAAUGACUGAUACUUCCUAGCAAAGUAAAAAAGUUUACACAGUUUACUCAUCAAAAAUUGUAUACUCACCUGCAGAACCGCAAUUACACGAGCAUCUUUAAGUGGCCUCGUUGACCUCGGGAUCAAAGAGGUUUCGCCCUUUGGGAAGACUCAUGACAGGUGACCUUGCGGUGUUGACGUAUUUUACAUAGAUCCCUAACCUCAACACUUCGAACUGUCAGUUGUUUAGUUCACCCAAAGCAGCUAUGAGGAAACGUUCCUUUACGAAGGCAGUAUCUUCUUGACUCGCCUUUCAGUCACUUUUUGCCUACACAGACAAGCCGAGGAAAUGUUAAUAAAUCAGGCGCAUGAAAAAGGGAGGGUAUUAUGGCAAAACAGUAUGCUCAUGUGGUGUUUUAUUGUUUCUGCGGUGUACUGUACACAUUAAAUGUAUAUUAUGCACUUUUAUUCUAAAAAGGGAUAUGCUGUUGUGUAAGACUUAAAUGAGGCCAUUCUGGCUCGUGGUGCGCCUUGGACGACGGCCUACACCGCGUCAGCCAUCACGCACCGUUCAGUCUCUAGUUGUCUUGUCUUCAACUGGUAACCGGUGAUGGGCGGUUUAAAGCGGCGAGGAGGGACGACAGUACUGUUUCGGGCUUAUUUUGCCUUCAUUCAGCCAAUCAUAACCCUGACCAGCAGCUGGGACCAGAAGCACAAACAUGCGCACAGAAGCACCUGGCGCAGUUGGUCCAGUGCUGAGGCCUACCAGAUGGGUCAUAAGCACUUCAUCGAACCAAAGUUCAUCAGUGCCUCGCCACCUGUCAUUAUCUGUCGGCCUGGUAAUCGGUUGCCUGUUCGUGACCCUUGCCACGUAUACGGAACUUGUUUGCUUCGUGAAGCCAAUAGAUCGGUGUGCGCCCAUUCCUGAUUGGUUUAAAGCGGAUCUAGCGCACCCCUUUCUCACUUUUGAGUAACCACAAGAAGACAGUACAAGUCGUAAUUACGGGCUGUUGGGACAACUCCGUUCUGCACCAGAUUUAUAAUCAGGCCAUAGUGACUCCUUAAUAUUACUUUUAUGACAACGCUCGUCGGUGACAGAUCUGAUUCCCCACUUGGGAGCCAAAUAUGUCAGCAUUUGGAGUCCAGCGCCUGUACGGCACGCACCGACGCGAAUUUAACCACUGCAUCCACGUCUAUUUCCUGUCAGGCGUUAAGCAUAUGCAGCGAAAGUCCCCUUCACUACAAAACGACCUAUACUCCGGUGCGCACUCGGUCCAGAGCCGGUCCUCGUUGCUUUCCAACUGCGAACUACCUCCGUAUGUAGUGAAAAACAGGUAUCCAAAGAGAUGUAGCUUGAAACAAGUCAAAGCCUUUAGGGGGACUCGAGCGGUUGCUGGCAAAACUGUCAAGACUGCUAGCUUUGCUAGCAAUCAGACAUAAGAUCAAAACACAAAAGCGCUUAACAGAGAAUUAGUGACUGUCCUUCUGACUUUAUCGACUUGCACACUCGAACUUGUUCCUCCGCUCAAUUCUCUUUUAUAGAUGGUUUCGCGUUAUGCGAGGUCGGCAGGAACCCCUGCGAAUUCCCCCACUGCCCAGCGGACAGGUUGCACCCACUACCCGGGUCUUUGUCAUGCACGGACGUCACCUCGUUGUGCGUGAUGCCGAGGAGAGUGAUAGCGGCUCCUACGAACUCGUACUAACUAGCACUGCGGGACGUGUUUCUGUGCCGUUUGAGAUCAUGGUCUCUUGUGAGUAUCAUUUCCAUUCUCCUUCUUUCUCUAUCUCUUCCUCCCGAUCUAUCUGCUGAUGCCUCUCCGUUCUCACUUUAUGAUGCAUAUAUAUAUAUAUAUUCAACUGAAUGAUUUCAGAAAUUACUCGGUGCAGGACACGGAGUUAAGUCUCCGAAGCCUAACUUUUUAGGGUCAGAACCGAAAUUUCAAUGAAAAUUUGAGUCGGAGACAAUUGACUACUGCGGAGUAACCACGUAAUGCCCAUUCUACAAACAAGUAAUAAUACCAGUAGUAUGAAAUGUACACAUCAAACGCAUUAUACCGUACUCCCGAUAUAGGUACUAACUAAAAGCCCAGACACGUGUUUUGCCGAUAUAUAUAUGUAAUGGUAGAAGGACGCUCAUCGAUCGUCCUUACGCAACUCACUCGUUCCGUUGUGCCUCACGGGCUCUCUCCCGGGCCCAACCAGCAACUGCACAGUGGUCUGUAAUACCAUUCUGCCAUAUAUAUAUAUAUAUAUAUAUCCAUGGGGAGACAAACAUUAUACGAAUUAUAAUGAAAGCGCUGGAAGUCUUUUGAUAGGCAACCCUUUUAUUCCCUCCCCCAAUUUUUGCUAUUUGUUUUUCAUUUCAUCGUAAACUUGCAGAAAGCGGAACUUGCACAGCGUCAAACAGCGGUCUGUUUGAAUAAGUAACGGUUGCGCCAGCAUAAAUCUACUUAACCUCAUUAUCUGCUUGUGGUCGAUUGAGCUCCCUUGCUUGUAGCCUCGAUAACUGCCCAUGCGACAUGUGAAUCAAUAUGUAUGUUGAUGCACUGACUUAGGGGGUCGCGCCACCUUUAUUUGGCAUGGAGCCGCCAAUGUGAGCUUUGUUCCCGGGGGCAUUUCUUCCCCAUGUCCCAGCGUCUGCGUGGCCGCUUUGGAAUAUGUAGUCACACCUUUCUGCCGUUAGUAUCGUAGUACGUGGGUUGAGACGGACUUCCCUGUUUUGAGGCGAUAAAUUGAGUAAAAACACUGGGGGAAUUUUGCGGACAACCUCGCGUCUAAAUAUGCACUGCUGUUCGGAGGCGCAGGAUUCAGGUGCGCAAUGUAUUCCAACCUCGGAUGCUACGGCGUCCGCGGUUUGAAUCCGGUCUCAGCUGGGUCAUUUAAUGCUUAAUGUUUGAGUUCCGAUCUCUAGGUGCUCCAGAAUCUACAGCUGAAGUAACACUGACUGAUGGCGGUUAAAAAUCCAAAAAUGGUCACUUCAGUGUCCUUGUCGGUAACACUUCUGCAUGAGUGACUGCUCGUCGCCAUGCGACUGUCAGGUUGAACUCUAGGUCCUGAGCACCCAAACGAAAACGGAAGUGCUCUUUUCCGUUCUGCGACCGACAUAGACCUGUGGACAUCACUCCCAUGUGAACCCAAGUGUGUCCUCAGAGCCGGAGUAGACUGGAGUUUUGUUGCUGCUGUCUCUGUUGCCAGUGGACAGCAGGUAGCAGUUGUGGCUGGGUGGUCUAGCUGGAUGUUUGGCAGGCGGAACAUGUCCGGAAGUGAGAUUGUGGCAAACGAUGAGGGGAUGAAAGUGAUAUCUGCGACCGGCGUGUUUUGCUGCUACUACCCUGCCUCUACUGGGUUCCACGUAGCAUUCACAUUGGCGUGAUUCGGUCGCUGUUCCGUCCAGUUUUAUGGACAGAGGUCACCUAGGUUGGGCGGUUAGGGAGCCUUAAUUGGUAGUUGCGAGAUUGGUUCGGCGCGGAGAUAUCCAACCAGGAUCAUUCAAGACUCCGAGUGUGCGUUCAAAAUGGGGACACGAGUUGAGCGCUUGGUCAGUGCCUGCGAUGUUGCCCAACGUCAGCGUUUCUGUUGGUGAUGCGGUACGACAUCCUGCAAGACUAACAAGGCUCCUUAAUGUGUGCUAGCAGUGAGAACAGGCGUGAAGGGGUUGGCGUCUUCAUCCAUCGAGACCAUGCUGGCAGCAUUGUGUAUCGAUAUCCCCAGUAUUUCAUUCCCUUGGCUUUCUAUAUUAUGCUGACUUCGAUGAUUGCUGCGCAACUCGUUACCGUAGUUCGGGAGGCCUGCCAAUCCUGUUCGAAGAUCUCCGGAAUAUUUACGUGAGGUUUGAAAAUCAUUGGCAUCGUGGGGCAAAAGUAGCAGUUUCCAGCAUCCUUUGUUAGGCGGGUUUUUAGGUGGUAUGCAUUCCGAGCCGAUAUAAUCAAAAGAGGAAGAGGUUCUUCGGAAACGUCUAGUUGUACUCGUGAAAUUCCGAGUUGGUGGCACCAACCCGUCGUCGGACGAAAUGAAAACAAGAGGGAGCGUUAGAUUUUCUCUCUAUACCAGUUGACGCAACAGGACAGACAAACAAUUGGCGUGUGAGAGGGGUGGUCACAGAGUCAUGGUAGGUUUCUGAGCUACGGGCGAGGGGACGCGUAACAAUUACGACUACCUGCGCUUGAGGGGGAGGGUAAGAUGGUGGGUUAGUCAAACUCGGGACCAGCGAUCAUUGAUGUGGGAUUAUGACGGUGGUCAAAAAGUCGUGAACUUGGGAGCCCUCGUAAUGGGCGUCCAGGUCAACAUGGCGGUUGAUACUACCUACAUUUAUGUCCCGAACCUUGAGAAUCUCUCUCGCCCGUUCAGUGCCAUCCUAAUUGAAUCGGUGGUCGCACUCGAGUGCGCGCGUAAAAAUGAGGUACAGAAGGUCUCGGCAACGCACAGCUAGUUUGUGUUCAUUAACAAGAGUACCCAAGCGUCAACCCGUAUGACCAACAUACACACAGGAGCGAUUUGCGCUCAGAAUGCAAUAAAGUACGUUUAUCUGUUACUCAUUGGAGAUGGGAUCCUUGAUUCGAGAUAGUGCUGCGCGUGGUGAGAAUGCUGGCUUGUGGGCAAGGUGAAUGCCAAAGCGAUUUUACCGCCGGAAAAUUACUUCAGAGGUUCCCUGUAUAUAUGACAAGGGGUCGAAUUUUCAUGCCACAAUUUUGCUGUUGGAGUUUGCACCUUGCAGUCGUGCCUGGUGCUUUAGGCAUCAGAUCGAAACAACCGAUACAGGCCAGCAAGCUCAUUCCUAAGGAGAUCGUCACUGUUGCAAUAACGUUAGGCUCAGUGAAACGAAGUUCGGACGCAGCUUCUUUUGCGAGCUGUGGGGUGAUUACUUCCAUAAUUAAGGAUGAUCUCGGAAUUAUAUCCUUUUCUAUAGAUGUCUGUUGAGAGGCUACCAUCAUUUACCCUUUGUAUUCUCACGUCCAAAAACGGCAGGCCAUCUCCUACUGCCUCUUCAUAGGUGGACUGUAUGGCUGGGAAGACAUUCGGCCUCUAGUGCAGCCGUGCGGCCGUUUAGCCUUGUCAGCCAGUGAGUCCGAGCCCAUCUCCGGUCGUCUUAACAUGGUCUUGUCACCGGAACCUGCGACUACCAAAUUUCUCUCUCGUCACAUUUAAAAAGAAGCAGAGCAUCUUUUGCAAGAAAGACCUCCUGCCAGAAGGGGUGCUGUAAAUAACUCCUACCUUAUUCUUGUUUCAAUAAUCUGGACUGUAGGUUGCGAAAGUUCCUGGUGUAGCACAAUUUCUUGACAUUCUGCAAGAAACGCAAACUGUAGGGCAUGUGUGUAACGCUUCCCCAUUUGUGGACAGAAUCAAGAUCUCUGAGAUCUCCUUGGUCAACCCAAUAUCCACGUUUAUGGAAGCAAUCUGACGCGCUCAGCUGACCUAAAUUUAGCUUCCAGCUGGAAGCGUUGGCUGAUUUUCGGGCUGACUGUGCGCGUUAAUCGCUUCCUUAGCAGUCAUGAAAUGGUUACAGACCUGACAGAGGUAUAGGACUCGGUCGGGUUUUCACGUCCAUGAGUAUGAUACCUCCGAUCACAUCAACCCCCCUUGACGUCAAGUCACUCACUCGGCUCUUCGAUUUUUUGAUUUUACAUAGCGCUUUUAAUUUAUUCUCUAGUUCCACCGGAAUUCGAGCCGCAACAGGACCCACCAUCUCAGACGCUGGACGAAGGAGAAUCAAUUUUACUCAGUUGUCGCAUCCGACGUCGAGCCAUCCCAGGGAGUCGUAUUUACUGGGAAAAGGACGGCAGGCCGUUGGUGAAUUACGGAAAGGUAUGUUGAAAACAUCCACCCACUGAGUUAUGUCAGAGGUUCCCAGAAAAGAACAGUUUAUUCGGUCGCGUCGCCAUAGUUCUACCCCAGGCUGUCGACACACGAAUUAUGUCUGACUGCUUUUGAGCAAACGUCAAAACUACAAAAUUGGGUCGCUAAAUGGCCUAAAAAGUACAACUUUAUUUUACACGUUGCAGCGGAUAAUUGAGACAUUUAGAUAGCCGUACUGUUCUAUACGUAAUCUGUUCUUUGGGACUGUGGAAGGUCUGUUCUUCACCGGCUUACAGUUGACUCCCUCUUCCCAACUGUUAUUUUGAAAUCUUCUGUUAGGCUCUCAGUUCACUGCUUUUAGAGUACACCGUUUAAAACGACUCUCUGUGUAUUCAGUACUCUAAUUGUAACAGCUUGUGAGUUUGGUGCUCACAAGAAAGUCAAACUAGUUUGUAUUCGUCUCCGAAGGACCGGAUACGUCCGCUUGACAACGCUACUCAUCUGCUGAUUCUACUCCCCAGUCAUCCAUCUCCGUCAAAUACCGUAAGAACUUUACCCUGGGGAGUGACAUCAUGCCUCGACAACGGCUCCUUGUAGUGGGUGAGAUCAGAUAAAGGUAGCCUGUGAGCAUCUCUAACUAGCCUUCUUGAUAUUACAUUAAUCGACGACUGGGUGCUCAGUACCUUGCAAAAGUCUCAUAUACGGUGACUGCAGUCUCCAAAAUCGCUACAACUUAUGCCUGUCAUUAGAAUAUUUGGUGCGAAAUCAUUGGGUUUGUCCUGAAACAUAACUUCGGAGCUAUUCUGCGGCAUUUAAACAUAGACAGUAGACUCCACUCAUGCGAUAACACGCAGGCACUGCCAUAUGAGCUAUCAGUUGGUGGAUCUUGAAAUUGAAGUGACCAUAGAGGGUUUUGACUGCUCGAACUUUUACAUCUGAAGAUACGCUGACAAUUUUUGCGAUACUGAAGCAUACCCACUAUUUAGAGAGUCAAAAUGGAGUCGGAAUUUCAUAGUAAUGUCUUAUGAUGAUUUUCCUGCUCUUAAAGAGAGUGAUGGAAACGACGUUAAAGGAGGACAGCUGGGUCCUUUGUUCAAUUUUCUCAAAAUCGGCCAGAAAUUCUAGGAAAUUCUUGCCCGGAGUUGGCGGGCAUGACAAAGCCUACAAAACCUACGGGAGACAGCGAACCAGGCUGAACAAACAGAGAUGCUGGAUGUCAGCGAUACCCACGUUUGACCCCUUUCUACUUUGCUCAAUUGCCAACACACAUUGAACAGCCCUGUUGACCAGCUGUUGGGCAGCUGUGAAUUCACCAGGAAGAGAGCACAAACAUGAUGCAGAUGAACAAAUAUGCCACAAACAAGUCCCCCCAAACAUAUUAACAUUGUUGAUAUGCACCCAGGUCUCGGCUUUGCCCGCCUAGACAGUCGUUCACUUAUCGUAACAGCUGAACGGAAGUGACUCGAACGAAUCCUAUAAUAAGGAACCUAUUGCUUUCCAUCUGUCCCAAACAGAAAUCACAUUAAGCACUCGGAUUGGUCAAAGUAGAUACUACAGUGUCCACCGCAACACUGAAAACAUUAGCAUGCCACACACUCAACGCCCACAACCCACCAAAAUAGUUUUGAGGGCGUUCAUCGGCGAAGAUGUCAAGCUACCGGAUACAUUGUUACGCCAAAAUAUGAAAUGCUUGUAUAUGCCCUGAGAACAGAGGCAACAUUGGCUAGUGGAAAAGCCGGAGGGCAUUAUAAGUCAACGACUAGAGGAUGGAGUCUGCCAAACUGCUCAUGCCAUCUCACCUCCCUGAGUCACCUACCCGUCUCUGCCCCCUCAAACCUCUACCGCUCUAACUGUAUCCAGGGUUAAAAUAAUAACCUAAGAAGGGCUGCUAGUCCUCCACCACAAGCCAGACUGCUUUCGCUAGUCUUACCCCUUUUCCCCGAGUUCACAUCUGCCCUAUUAUUUGAUAGAAGCUGUGGGCAAUCAGACGAAGCAAUUUUUAGCCCUCUUGUAUACUGCACAGUGUCUGGCCAUCCGGUUUUCCUAACGAGACUUCUUUUUUUAAUUCCUCCUAAAAAGGAUAUCAUUCUCGAGGGCGAGGGUGAACGUCUAAGGUUCCCGCGAGUGACUGUGGACCACCAAGGUCUCUAUCAGUGUUUCGUCUUCACCGAUGGCUAUCCGAAGAAGUUCCCCGGCCAACCACAGAAACUGGAGGUUCGAGGUGGGUGCAUCUGGUUUAGUGGUCCGCUCCAUUACCCAAAAGUCGCACUCCCAUUGCCAUAUAUACACACAUAUAUUUUAUCCACAUUCCUCCUACAGGCCGCCUUCAGUUUCUUCACCAGAUGGACGAACACUUUCUCGAGAUGAAUGUUCAGGGCAAGUUAGCCUGCAAAGUCCGGGGCUACGGUGACCUCUCGGUUGACUGGUUCCGCAAACCCGACCCAACCAGUAACUCCCUCGAGCCGAUCCAACCACCCAAUCAGGUUGAUCGCGGAGUACUCAUCUUCCAGUUUGUGCAGAAACAAGAUGCCGGGGAGUAUGUUUGUAUCGCCCGAUCCACAUAUCGUAACGCUCAAAUAAAUAUGACCGUCAAGGUCAUUGUUGGAGGUGAGCACCUUGGGUUAAGAUUUGUCAUGCCUUGUGACUUCAGAUAAGAGCAUUCGAGAGAGAGAGAGAGAGAGAGAGAGAGAGAACAUAGGAAAUAUAACUGCUGCCUGUGCCUUUGCAGUAGGGUUUAUGGUAGCGAACUAAGCUUUUGGGCAUUUUGAGUCUGUCAUUCGUAAAUGCAUUCCUGUAGUGAUAGAAUUUUCCCGAGAGACAUAUUUCCCAAGGCUUCUGGUACCGUCUAGACUAGACGCCUUCCGCAGAAUCGUUUUGCCUCCCUCAAGCCUAAUUUUGGAAAGCACCUGUUAUGUGAUCAGAAACUCUCGAAACAAUGUCGCUGUUGGGACAAUUAAUAUGAACGAAAAUGAGACAGCAACCGGUUCUUCCUUCAGCCAACCCCUGGUAUCGUUUAACUGAUCGACCUGCUACCUGGACGAUGGCUCUCUGGUCAGGGUUCCUGUUUCCAGCAGAGUGAGCUCUUUGCCUCUGAUGCCUCAGCCAAAUCAUUGAGUAUAACCACCUGAUACAUCCUCACAAAGACCGACUGGCAGAGGCGCUGAUGGGCCUUUAUUUUAACCCCACUUUAGACUAUUUACGUUUGGUAUGUACAGACGCACCGGUUUGUAUCCGGUCGAAGUUGCAGGCGGACGGCAUGGCUGACUGAAGGAGGCCUGAAUAAGCUCCAAACCGGUGUUAUUCCAGUCUGCUAUUCAAAACUAUUAUUGGGUGAUGUGGUAUCUUCGUGCACUUAGGCAUGAGCCCUAGGCAUUACUUAAAUCAUGCAUCAUGCAGAGGGGUUUUCGAUGGAAAAUUUGACCAACCACUUAUGGCGUGCCGACUGUAAAAAAAUACUUUUUUGUUUGGUUCUGCGCUAUUUCUAUAAAUUAUGGAAUGCAUGUUGAUCCUAUCAUCCACGUAGUCAGGAAUCAUGAGUUACGUUUCCAUGUUAUGUAAUGGAGUAAUUCAUUUGUAGGAACAUUCUUCUGUAAGCGCUUCUGUAAAUCUCUGAAUAGUGUAACAGACAGAUGUUCUCGAAUUCGAAAUAUUGGAAUUUAUCCGGAAAAAAGAAUCAAAAAAGUUGAGUUUUAGAAUGCACACAAAUUGAGACAGCCACUAUACUGAGUCUUAAGUGGAAAAAAUCAAAUCCAAAAUAGUCCAUUGCGUUGGGGAUCCAUUUCAAAGAAGUCACGCUGUCAGACUGUUCGUCAGUCAUUUUAUCAAAGAAAUUCAUCUUAAGAAAGUGUAGAAAGCCCUAGAAACAGGUCUACUGUCUGUGUUUUCUCCCAAAUCGCCUCCUCCCGGAUGGCUAGGAGAAUUUUGCAUGGAACGUAAACUGCCGUAGUUUACAGAUAAUUUUGAGUUUUUUCCCUACGCACCACACCAAUCCCCAUCCAGUAAUCUUUACCGAUCCUGACAGCUCAUUUAAUGGCUUUGAUCAAUGUUAUAUGGCAAUGGUAGUCCGGAUCUGGUCGGAUGUAUCAUUUUGCUCUGGAGCUCCCGCAGGCGGUCGCAUAGCGCUGUGAGAUCAGUAACUGUUGUUUAUACGCCAACUCCGGGCUGGGAGAUCUCUAAAGCUCCUACCUGCCUUCGGCUGCCCAUUGAAUUAGGCACUGCACCGGUUGAACCAGGGGCACGCGCCCUGUCUGCUGGGGUCGUCAAUAUUCCAAGCCAGGUGAAAGUGGCAUUCACGAUCCGGUCAAACUGCAAAACAGAAUAUAGACGUUACCUUUUGCCUUGGCGUUCAAGUCUCCCUAUAUCUGUCGGCAGCAUUUAUCUACUAUUGAUUUAUGGCAGCGAUGCGAUCGCUUGUGGGGACUCCAGGAGGAAGACAACACGCACGUAUUUCGACCAUUAAUCGGGUUUGCUCCAGGAUCUCCAUUUACACCGGACGCUAGCAUGGCACACAUUGCCAUUGAAGCCAGAAAGUGCGUGCUACAUACUUUCACGCCCACAUCAGAUUACCAAAACGUCAGACGGCACUCACAAUAGCAAAGGUUUUGCAUUCUGUGUAGCUCACGCAACUUGUGUAAGUUAGCCCUCGUUGAUAUUUUUGCUCUGAUCCAAAACGACUAGACUAGGGGAUUGUAGGUGGAAACCUGUAACUACAGCUCCCUGAUGUCUUACAUCUGCUGUCAUGUAUACUGGAUCGUUUGUUGCAAAAAAUCCUGUUUGCACUAAAACCGACCAGGCCACGCGAAUACUACCUUCUGCUCAGGCGUAUUGGUAUUUUUCCCCAAGUUUUGACUCUCCCCCGCACUCCUCAUCCUUGCUUUUUUGACACUCUUUAGAAAAACCAAGAAUAUUCGAAAUCAGUUCGAACCAGACCAUUCGCGAGGGCCAGCGUCUUGUGCUGAAUUGUAAGGCUUCUGGCGAUCCGAAGCCGCAGAUUAGCUGGAUUGUCAAGAAACCGAGCCUCAAGUACCCGACAGUCUACUCGCCCCUAAUUUCCGGCCCGGCCACAUCAGAGAUGCUGGAGAAUGUCUUUGAUGUUGCAGCUGCCGCCUCUAAGGGAGUCAGCGGCAGUGGCGGUCCCGGCAGCAGUGAUGGUAGCAGCAAUGAUGGAGUCCGAGAUCGUAUGUCUGCCAACAACGGGGAACUGUCACCCACGGCAACACUAGGGCGACUAGAGCCUCGCAACACCAAGGACGAACGGGUCCAGGUCUUGUCCAAUGGCAGUCUAGUGAUUAACCAGCCCCUGCUCAUUGACGACGCGGAAUAUAUAUGCAUCGCGGGCAAUAAACACGCCAUUGAGACCCGGCAAGGUGUACAUGUGCGUGUCUUAAGUAAGUCUUUUUGCCGUUUUGCUUUUAACUUCUUACGCCUCCACAUACGCACACUUUCCGUCAGCUCUCGAAAUUAGAAGUAGAGUUCUGACACCUAUCCAAUGUGCUGGAUAUAGUUGCAUGUUUUUUCAGCCCCAUAGAUAGUUUGCUCGCGGGGUGGAGGUAGCCACUGCGAUAAUACGUUCCCCAGCAGACCCCCACCUCUCAGCUGUUACGCCAUGAAAGUCUUAUGGGUGCGGAGACAACAUCCUCCGGUAAAUGCUUCUAGUAGUGGUUGAAACUAAUUGAGAGAGGCCAGCUUGCCCUGUCAAAACCGGGAACUUUUGUUUGAAGCCUAGUCCACUCAUAUAAGAAGAGCUGACUGUAUUGAAGUACGUAUAAAUGGGAGGAUUAUGUCAGGUCAGCCUCUAAACCCAAUCCGGUUUGCUGCGAUCCUGUGACCCUGUCUCAUCGUUGGAUCACGAUGAGUGUGGCAAGAAGGGAUGAGGUCGUUGUUCCCCUAAUCCGCGAGCGAGGGGUAUCGGUGGUCACCCUGAUGCUGGAAGGGCCUUCAGAUUUACCUGCUGCCACAGAAUUCCGCAAAAGUGCGCCAUAUCCGGGAACUAUCGAGUGUCCUCUACUAGGCAUACCAACUUCGCAUUUUCAAGUCCUAAGCCUCCCUUCUAGGGCUUCUUAUUCUUUUUUCUUUUAGCCUCUGACGAAUACGCCCAGUACGAACUCGGUGAUGAGAGUCUGAGUCCAAGCAUGUUAAAAACAAUUGUAAUUGUCGUCAACUGUGCCAUCGCCUAUCUGGGGCUUAUAUUCGGUCUGACAGUUUACUGUAGCCUUCGACUGCUGAAGAAUCGCAGGAAUCGCGCUCAAAAUGGUAAGUAAAAUGGUUAUUUAGUCACCUUUGUUUGAUACCCUGCUCUACUGAAAUAGAGUGAUCUAUCCGCCCCACUAUUCGCUAUUUCUAGGCAAGACACCCGAAUCAGGACAUCUUAUCUCCCAGGCUAGUGGACAGGUUACUCAGGAGAACAACUGUGCCCUCCUAUUAAACGAAGAUGUCAUGAAUACGGGUUCGAGGGCAGCAACAGGAUCUCCAAAUGAUACCAGUGCUACCGAUAUUGCCGUGGCGAAAAAACUUGGAAGUGCGGCUUCACAACAGCAAGUGUACCAUGGGGGACAAAAUUACUUUAUGCCAGAAGGCGGCCACCAGAACAAUUUCGCCAUGUCCGCCGGUUACCCCUCAAACGAGAUCGGAGCACAUCAGAUGAAUAAAAUCUACCCCAACCACGGUGGUGGUGGUGGCGGUGGUUCGGUAAGCGUUGCCAGUACAACGACAGCGGAAUCAAGUGGAAACAGCCGACUAGUGGUUGCACCCCCACCAACGCCGUUGGAUUCCAGGUCUCAUUUAAGUGGGCUCUCCUCCUCGGGAAAUUCAGCGAGCGCAUAUUCGCGUUCCCUCAUAAGUGGUGCAUCUAACAGCACAGGUCCUCCAUUCCCUGCUGCCAACUCGCAAGUGGCGCACCAAGUACAAGGUAUUCCCGGGCUUCAAGGGGUGUCCGGUGGACAUGCACAGUACCCGCAACCAACACCUGCUGAUAUGAUGACUUACACCCAUUAAGACUGACGGAACACAGGGCAUACACCGUAAGUGAGCUCCUCAUUUUUAAAACGAAAAUGCAACUGUCGCCUAGUUUCAGUCAACAUUUAGAAUUUUUUUCCUCCUCUAGGCUUGGCCCACAUAAACAGGGUUGCACUAGAAGGAAAGAGAGAGAAAGGACGUUUACAGACGCGCAGAGACGUCCUCCCGUCACAGUACACAGAUCGCUACGACCGUCAGUGUGGCGAUCCCACCAAGUACUUCAAUUUUUUGCGCCUGGCUGACCCCCCCCCUGCCUUUUCCCUAUCUCAUCUUUACGUAUGUCCUCUUGCAAAAUUGAUAAGUCUGUCUUGGAACGUCUCCAUCUGCUGGGCAAACAGUAGAAACCAGAAUUCCCGUCCCUCCCCAUUCUCCUGACCAUCACAUGCGAAUGCUUGUGCAAACUCCCGAAGCUGCUCGCUUUUCCUUCCAUCAAGUGGUCACUACCCAGUCUCGGACUUUUCCCACUCUGUUCAGCGUUCUGCCAUCCAUUGUUAAUGAGAUGGCUACAAGUCUGCCCAUUCUCGUGGUACAAUAUCAUUACAAACUUUGUCCCCACAACGGCACGGACGAUGUUCUGCUUAUCCCUCCUUGCCAGAUUUUCGAACCGGUGCAAUGAUUUUCAAGGAAACAAUGAACACCGUCACCACAACAGAAGACCUUUUUGAGGAUCCUUUUGAACAUUUCCCACUACCAAAGCUACAUCUCGUACGUAUACAUAUAUAUCUAUAGUACCACCCAGUAACGGUCCUUUUGAAAACCCGAGUAUACGUGACUGCUUCGGUCUGGCCGGCGAACGCUUCUCCCUCCCACCGCGCCUGCGUGCGCACCUUGCAUUCUUACUUCAUUGUUCUUUUUCAGUUUACAUUACUACUGAAAUGUCGUUUUAGACUGAGGAAGUAUAUCAGUGGGCGUCUCGCAAAGUACUUUGCAUUAUUUGCCUCCAAAAUCCACCUGAUCCAGCGAGUCGUUUUUGGAAAAGAAUUUCACUGUCUUCUAAGUCGGUGUUAAGAGAAGUGAGAGGCAGGGGAGCGGGGAUUCCUGUGUUAGAAUGCGAGCGAGACGUUUGCUCGUGUCAAUGUGUGGACAGAAAUCGAUGGUGGCCGCACAAAGCUCUCCUUACUUGUCCACUGAGCUUUUAGAUUCCUUUGGAAAACGAGUAAAUUGCUUUAUCACAUGAUAAGCAAGGCCGUUUCCUUUUUAAUGAUCCAGCCCCUGUCAGCUUAUCCGCUGACCUCCUUGAAGCAUGCGGGUUUUGUUUAUCUGAAGCUGGUUCCCGUUGCAAUCAUCUUCGCAGAGAACUGCUGAGGCCUUUCGGCUCCACUUGCUCGCUUCCGCUUUCGGGUCGGUUGUUACUGCCCCAGUUAGUUCUAACCAGGAUACGAUCACCCAGUGCUGUGAUCCUGACCUCUCUGCUGUGUGGAACUCUAUCAACGCCCUUCCCACCCUCAUAAUGCCAUUAUAG